AUGAAGUUUUCUCCGGAUGGCAGCUACCUGGCCGUGGGCUCUAAUGAUGGCCUGGUGGAUGUGUACGCCAUGGCACAACGCUAUAAGAAGGUGGGUGAGUGCAACAAGUCCUCCAGCUUCAUCACCCACCUGGACUGGUCCAUCGACAGCAAGUUCCUCCAGAGCAACGACGGGGCGGGAGAACGCUUCAUCUACAGGAUGCCAAGUGAGUGAAUCACCGCCACCGGUGAAAAAGCGACGCUUCAUAAAGACCCUGUGUCUUUCCUCUGAACUAGGCCAUGAUAACCAUGGUAUAACUUGUAUUACAUCAGCUUGCUGUGAACACAAUCAGUGAUUCAAUCUAAUAUUUCUUGUUUCCUUAUUGGGAGACGUUACAUAAACAGAUCACACAGCAAUCAGUUUGACAGUAAACAGCAAUUAGGUCCAUGAAGGUGGAUCACAGCUAGCUUAUCGCCACGCAAGCCCUGUUACGCACACACCAGCAAUCUUCACAUCACGUCCGGCUUAACAUCCAUCGAUGUGAUUAUGUAGUAGUUUCUUCUUAUUCAGGGUGGCAGGUAGGUCGCUGGUUUCGAAUACCUGAGACGACAACCCUAAUUUGCUCCAGGGGCGCUGUGCCUGUAAAACAACACAUUUCACUGCACCUAUGGGGAGAACAAGUAUUUGAUACACUGCAGAUUUUGCAGGUUUUCCUACUUACAAAGCAUGUAGAGGUCUGUAAUUUUUAUCAUAGGUACACUUCAACUGUGAGAGACGAUAUCUAAAACAAAAAUCCAGAAAAUCACAUUGUAUGAUUUUUAAGUAAUUAAUUUGCAUUUUAUUGCAUGACAUAAGUAUUUGAUCACCUACCAAACCAGUAAGAAUUCCGUCUCUCACAGACCUGUUAGUUUUUCUUUAAGAAGCCCUCCUGUUCUCCACUCAUUACCUGUAUUAACUGCACCUGUUUGAACUCGUUACCUGUAUAAAAGACACCUGUCCACACACUCAAUCAAACAGACUCCAACCUCUCCACAAUGGCCAAGACCAGAGAGCUGUGUAAGGACAUCAGGGAUAAAAUUGUAGACCUGCACAAGGCUGGGAUGGGCUACAGGACAAUAGGCAAGCAGCUUGGUGAGAAGGCAACGACUGUUGGCGCAAUUAUUAGAAAAUGGAAGAAGUUCAAGAUGACGGUCAAUCACCCUCGGUCUGGGGCUCCAUGCAAGAUCUCACCUCGUGGGGCAUCAAUGAUCAUGAGGAAGGUGAGAAAUCAGCCCAGAACUACACGGCAGGACCUGGUCAAUGACCUGAAGAGAGCUGGGACCACAGUCUCAAAGAAAACCAUUAGUAACACACUACGCCGUCAUGGAUUAAAAUCCUGCAGCGCACGCAAGGUCCCCCUGCUCAAGCCAGCGCAUGUCCAGGCCCGUCUGAAGUUUGCCAAUGACCAUCUGGAUGAUCCAGAGGAGGAAUGGGAGAAGGUCAUGUGGUCUGAUGAGACAAAAAUAGAGCUUUUUGGUCUAAACUCCACUCGCCGUGUUUGGAGGAAGAAGAAGGAUGAGUACAACCCCAAGAACACCAUCCCAACCGUGAAGCAUGGAGGUGGAAACAUCAUUCUUUGGGGAUGCUUUUCCAACUCAUCCCAAACCAUCUCAAUUGGGUUGAGGUCAGUUGAUUGUGGAGGCCAGGUCAUCUGAUGCAGCUCUCCAUCACUCUCCUUCUUCUUACACAGCCUGGAGGUGUGUUUUGGGUCAUUGUCCUGUUGAAAAACAAAUGAUAGUCCCACUAAGCACAAACCAGAUGGGAUGGCGUAUCGCUGCAGAAUGCUGUGGUAGCCAUGCUGGUUAAGUGUGCCUUGAAUUCUAAAUAAAUCAUAGACAGUGUCACCAGCAAAGCACCCCCACACCAUCAUACCUCCUCCUCCAUGCUUUACGGUGGGAACCACACAUGCGAAGAUCAUCCGUUCACCUACUCUGCGUCUCACAAAGACACAGCAGUUUGAACCAAAAAUCUCAAAUUUGGACUCAUCAGACCAAAGGACAGAUUUCCACCGGUCUAAUGUCCAUUGCUCGUAUUUCUUGGCCCAAGCAAGUCUCUUCUUAUUGGUGUCCUUUAGUAGUGGUUUCUUUGCAGCAAUUCGACCAUGAAGGCUUGAUUCACGCAGUCUCCUCUGAACAGUUGAUGUUCAGAUGUGUCUGUUUCUUGAACUCUGUGAAGCAUUUAUUUGGGCUACAAUCUGAGGUGCAGUUAACUCUAAUGAACUUAUCCUCUGCAGCAGAGGUAACUCUGGGUCUUCCUUUCCUGUGGCGGUCCUCAUGAGAGCCAGUUUCAUCAUAGCGCUUGAUGGUUUUUGCGACUGCACUUGAAGAAAUUUUCAAAGUUUUUGAAAUUUUCCGGAUUGACUGACCUUCAUGUUUUAAAGUAAUGAUGGACUGUCGUUUCUCUUUGCUUAUUUGAGCUGUUCUUGCCGUAAUAUGGACUUUGUCUUUUACCAAAUUGGACUAUCUUCUGUAUACCACCCCUACCUUGUCACAACACAACUGAUUGACUCAAACGCAUUAAGAAGGAAAGACAUUCCACAAAUUAACUUUUAAGAAGGCACACCUGUUAAUUGAAAUGCAUUCCAGGUGACUACCUCAUGAAGUUGGUUGAGAGAAUGCCAAGAGUGUGCAAAGCUGUCAUCAAGGAAAAGGGUGGCUACUUUGAAGAAUGGCAAAUAUAUUUGAUAUUUUGAUUUGUUUAACACUUUUCUGGUUACUACAUGAUUCCAUAUGUGUUAUUUCAUAGUUUUGAUGUCUUCACUAUUAUUCUACAAUGUAGAAAAUAGUAAAAAUAAAGAAAAACCCUUGAAUGAGUAGGUGUUCUAAAACUUUGGACUGGUACUGUAUAUAUAUAUAUUUUUUAUUUUUUAUUUUUUUAUUUUAUUCAUCUCUUCUGCCUGUCAAAGAGUUUCCUUCACAGACAGCUGCACAAGCCUCCCAGUCACUACAUAACCACUGUCUGAAACGCUAGACAGCUGCACAAGCCUCCCAGUCACUACAUAACCCCUGUCUGAAACUCUAGACAGCUGCACAAGCCUCCCAGUCACUACAUAACCACUGUCUGGAAUUCUAGACAGCUGCACAAGCCUCUCAGUCACUACAUAACCACUGACUGCACACACACACGCACGCCUCUCUCAGCUUACACUAUGUGUUUGGAGAGCUGGUUGAAAAGCCCUGUCCAAGUGGGUGACUCAGCGUUGCUCCAGGGUGUUUAGUGUUGGCAGACAGACUGUCUACACUGACUAUCAGGAGGGCAACAGGUGACGCUGCUGAGCGGACAGGGUAGAGAGAAAGACAGUUUGAUUGCACUUACAUUUUUACUGUAACUGAGUCAGGUUUGUAGGCCUCCUUGCUCGCACACGCUUUUUCAGUUCCGGCCACACAUUUUCUAUAGGAUUGAGGUCAGGGCAUUGUGGUGGCCACUCCAAUACCUUGACUUUGUUGUCCUUAAGCCAUUUUUCCACAACUUUGGAAGUAUGCUUGGGGUCAUUGUCCAUUUGGAAGACCCAUUUGCGACCAAUCUUUAACUUCCUGACUGAUGUCUUGAGAUGUUGCUUCAAUAUAUCCACAUCAUUUUCCUUCCUCAUGAUGCCAUCUAUUUUCUGAAGUGCACCAGUCCCUCCUGCAGCAAAGCACCCCCACAGCAUGAUGCUGCCACCCCCGUGCUUCACGUUGGGAUGGUGUUCUUCGGCUUGCAAGCAACCCCCUUUUUCCUCCAAACAUAACGAUGGUCAUUAUGGCCAAACAGUUCUAUUUUUGUUUCAUCAGACCAGAGGACAUUUCUCCAGAAAGUAUGAUCUUUGUCCCCAUGUGCAGUUGCAAACCGUAGUCUGGCUUUUUUAUGGCGGUUUUAGAGCAGUGGCUUCUUCCUUGCUGAGCGGCCUUUCAGGUUAUGUCGAUAUAGGACUCGUUUUUCUGUGGAUAUAGAUACUUUUGUACCUGUUUCCUCCAGCAUCUUCGCAAGGUCCUUUGCUGUUGUUCUGGGAUUGAUUUGCACUUUUCGCACCAAAGUACGUUAAUCUCUAGGAGACAGAACGCGUCUCCUUCCUGAGCGGUAUGAAGGCUGCGUGGUCCCAUGGUGUUUAUACUUGCGUACUAUUGUUUGUACAGAUGAACGUGGUACCUUCAGGUGUUUGGAAAUUGCUCCCAAGGAUGAACCAGACUUGUGGAGGUCUAAAAAAAAAAAUCUGAGGUCUUGGCUGAUUUCUUUUGAUUUUCCCAUGAUGUCAAGCAAAGAGGCACUGAGUUUGAAGGUAGGCCUUGAAAUACAUCCACAGGUACACCUCAAUGUCAAUUAGCCUAUCAGAAGCUUCUAAAGCCAUGACAUCAUAUUCUGGAAUUUUCCAAGCUGUUUAAAGGCACAGUCAACUUAGUGUAUGUAAACUUCUGACCCACUGGAAUUGUGAUACAGUGAAUUAUAAGUGAAAUAAUCUGUCUGUAAACAAUUGUUGGAAAAAUUACUUGUGUCAUGCACAAAGUAGAUGUCCUAACCGACUUGCCAAAACUAUAGUUUGUUAACUAGAAAUGUGUGGAGUGGUUGAAAAACGAGUUUUAAUGAUUCCAACCUAAGUGUAUGUAAACUUCCGACUUCAACUGUACACACCGACACAAACACUCUGGCAUGCUGAGAACCCUAAUUAAAAAAAGAACUCCACAUGUGAUGGAAGCUUUGGACAGAAAAGAGCUUCCAGCUCUAGGCUUUGUUUACAUUUCUUUUUGGUUUAUCUUAUGCACCAAUAGCUGAUAUGCAUAAAGAUGGCAGCCCCUAUACACUUACCACAAAUUCCUCAUUUUGAUAAGUUCACUGUAUUGUACAUUGCUCUUGUUACUCUUUUUUUUGGUAUGUUUAUUAGAACAGUAUACAUGAUCUCAAUUUUAGCUUCAAGAUGCCAGCAAUUUGAAAAACCAGGAAGUAAAUUGUGCUGAUUUAUUGGCAUAUUGAACCAUGUCGUGUGCCGUAGUUUAAAAACUCAGUGAAUAGUGCUAAAACAAUGACGUCAUAUCUGAAUUCUGCCAUCUUUUGCAUGCGGCAGGUAGCUUAGUGGUUAAGAGGUCGCUGGUUCUAAUCCCCGAGCCGACUAGGUGAAAAAUCUGUCGAUGUGCCUUUGAGCAAGGCACUUAACCCUAAUUGCUCCUGUAAGUCGCUCUGGAUAAGAGCGUCUGCUAAAUGACUAAAAUGUAAAUGUUCUCCAUUAAAUCCUUCAUUAAUACAGGCACAGGGGUUGUGUGUCUUAACGCCUUCUCUCCUGUUUAUGUAAUCUUUACCUGCUUAUUUAAUGUAUUUUAGUUCUGACUAAGAACCUUAACAGUGAGGUUAGUAGAGCUGUAACAUAGUCAAAAUCAUUUUAAAGCACUAUUAUUUUAUGCAGAACAACCUGGUUUUACCUGCUAGAUUCUGCCCAUGUUAGAACUCCAUCCUGUUUUUCUCCCCUGAAGUUGGGAAGCACCUGACCACUAAGGAGGAGGUGAAAGGGAUCCACUGGAGCUCGUGGACGAGUGUGAUUGGUCCAGAGGUGAGUGGGAUCUGGCCCAAGUACACCAACAUCAGUGACGUCAACUCUGUGGACGCCAACUACAGCAGCGCCGUGCUGGUUACUGGAGACGACUUCGGCCUGGUCAAACUGUUCCGCUUCCCCUGCCUAAAGAAAGGUCAGUAAAUGUCUUUGCAAAUAUACAAUGAGAGAGGGAAUUAUGUUGAACACUCCCCUUCUCUCAUUUCCUUUUCACUCGUUUUUCUUUCCCUGAUGUUGUGAACAGGUGCAAAAUUCAAAAAGUACAUUGGCCACUCAGCCCACGUUACCAACGUGCACUGGUCUCACGACCUGCAGUGGGUGUUGACCACCGGCGGGGCUGACCACUCUGUGUUCCAGUGGAAGUUCCUGCCUGAGGGCAUCAUGAACGGAGGACUGAAGACCAGUAUACCACAAGGUACAGUAUACUGAGAGUACAAAACAUUAGGAACACACCAGUGGUUAGGGGCGUGACUACUGUACACAAUAUCCAUGAUCUUAUCAAAAGCCAGUGAAAUCUGUUUCCUUGCUGUUUCCUGCUAUCGGUUCCCUCUAGAUGGCCAUGCAGACUCCAACAGUGAGGAGUCUGACUCUGACGUGUCUGAUGUCCCGGAGCUGGACUCUGAUAUCGAGCAGGAGACCCAGAUCAACUACGACCGACAGGUGGGUGUGUGGAGCUUAGAGACACUGGAGGGAGGGAGUCCUGUAUGGGUCAGACAGAAAGUGGGUGAUAUCAGGUUGAAAGAUGAUACACCACGUGAGGGACACUGAGAAGGUUCUAUAUGAGGAACAGAUGCCUUACAUGAUGCAACAUUUGAGGUAGAGAAUGAGUGUCAGUACAGGUGUCAGAUCCUAAUUUGACCAGUUUGGUCGCAGUUGUAAAAUAAUCCUGCAGCAGGAGGAUUUGAUUAUUAAAAAAAUAAAAGUGACACUUUCUAACAGGAUUUUUUUUUUUGAUAGACUACAGUAGACAUGUUUAAGUGAGGAAAAAGAGAACUGUGGGUUUUCAAUGUUUAAAAAAAAUGUAAAUCACGAGGCUCAUUUUAACUUCCUGCGGCGCAUGAAAAUUCUGUGACAACAGAGUGAUCAAAUUAAGAUAAUAAAGUGCCUUGCAAAAGUAUUCAUUCCCCUUGGCAUUUUUCCUAUUUUGUUGCAUUACAACCUGUAAUUUAAAUGGAUUUUUAUUUAAACGACGGUGGAGGAUAGCAGAUUGACAAAUUAUGCACAAUAUGAGGGACUGUUGUUCCAGGUGUAUGUAGAGGAGGACUUUUAUAGGAGGACUGUAUGUGAUUGACAGGAGGACUGUGUGUGAUUUACAGGAGGACUGUGUGUGAUUUACAGGAGAACCGUAUGUGAUUGUUACAGGAGGACUGUGUGUGAUUUACAGGAGGACUGUGUGUGGUUGUUCCAGGAGGACAAUGUGUGGUUGUUCCAGGUAUAUAAGGAGGACUGUAUGUGGUUGUUCCAGGGGUAUAAGGAGGACUGUGUGUGGUUGUUCCAGGAUGACUGUAUGUGGUUGUUCCAGGUGUAUAAGGAGGACUGUAUGUGGUUGUUCCAGGUGUAUAAGGAGGACUGUGUGUGAUUGUUCCAGGUUUAUAAGGAGGACUGUGUGUAGUUGUUCCAGGAGGACUGUGUGUGAUUGUUCCAGGUGUAUAAGGAGGACUGUGUGUGGUUGUUCCAGGUGUAUAAGGAGGACUGUGUGUGGUUGUUCCACAUAUAUAAGGAGGACUGUGUGUGGUUGUUCCAGGUGUAUAAGGAGGACUGUGUGUGGUUGUUCCAGGUGUAUAAGGAGGAUUGUGUGUGGUUGUUCCACAUGUAUAAGGAGGACUGUGUGUGGUUGUUCCACAUGUAUAAGGAGGACUGUGUGUGGUUGUUCCAGGUGUAUAAGGAGGACUGUGUGUGGUUGUUCCAGGUGUAUAAGUAGGACUGAGUGUGGUUGUUCCAGGUGUAUAAGGAGGACUAUGUGUGGUUGUUCCAGGUGUAUAAGGAGGACUGCAUGUGGUUGUUCCAGGUGUAUAAGGAGGACUGUGUGUGGUUGUUCCAGGAUGACUGUAUGUGGUUGUUCCAGGUGUAUAAGGAGGACUGUAUGUGGUUGUUCCAGGUGUAUAAGGAGGACUGUGUGUGAUUAUUCCAGGUUUAUAAGGAGGACUGUGUGUAGUUGUUCCAGGAGGACUGUGUGUGAUUGUUCCAGGUGUGUAAGGAGGACUGUGUGUGGUUGUUCCAGGUGUAUAAGGAGGACUGUGUGUGGUUGUUCCACAUGUAUAAGGAGGACUGUGUGUGGUUGUUCCAGGUGUAUAAGGAGGACUGUGUGUGGUUGUUCCAGGUGUAUAAUGAGGACUGUGUGUGGUUGUUCCACAUGUAUAAGGAGGACUGUGUGUGGUUGUUCCACAUGUAUAAGGAGGACUGUGUGUGGUUGUUCCAGGUGUAUAAGGAGGACUGUGUGUGGUUGUUCCAGGUGUAUAAGGAGGACUAUGUGUGGUUGUUCCAGGAGGACUGUGUGUGAUUGUUCCAGGUGUAUAAGGAGGACUGUGUGUGGUUGUUCCAGGUGUAUAAGGAGGACUGUGUGUGGUUGUUCCAGGUGUAUAAGGAGGACUGUGUGUGGUUGUUACAGGAGGACUGUGUGUGAUUUACAGGAGGACUGUGUGUGGUUGUUCCAGGAGGACUAUGUGUGGUUGUUCCAGGUGUAUAAGGAGGACUGUAUGUGGUUGUUCCAGGGGUAUAAGGAGGACUGUGUGUGGUUGUUCCAGGAUGACUGUAUGUGGUUGUUCCAGGUGUAUAAGGAGGACUGUAUGUGGUUGUUCCAGGUGUAUAAGGAGGACUGUGUGUGAUUGUUCCAGGUUUAUAAGGAGGACUGUGUGUGGUUGUUCCAGGUGUAUAAGGAGGACUGUGUGUGGUUGUUCCAGGUGUAUAAGGAGGACUGUGUGUGGUUGUUACAGGAGGACUGUGUGUGAUUUACAGGAGGACUGUGUGUGGUUGUUCCAGGAGGACUAUGUGUGGUUGUUCCAGGUGUAUAAGGAGGACUAUGUGUGGUUGUUCCAGGAGGACUGUGUGUGAUUGUUCCAGGUGUAUAAGGAGGACUGUGUGUGGUUGUUCCAGGUGUAUAAGGAGGACUGUGUGUGGUUGUUCCAGGUGUAUAAGGAGGACUGUGUGUGGUUGUUACAGGAGGACUGUGUGUGAUUUACAGGAGGACUGUGUGUGGUUGUUCCAGGAGGACUAUGUGUGGUUGUUCCAGGUGUAUAAGGAGGACUGUAUGUGGUUGUUCCAGGGGUAUAAUGAGGACUGUGUGUGGUUGUUCCAGGAUGACUGUAUGUGGUUGUUCCAGGUGUAUAAGGAGGACUGUAUGUGGUUGUUCCAGGUGUAUAAGGAGGACUGUGUGUGAUUGUUCCAGGUUUAUAAGGAGGACUGUGUGUAGUUGUUCCAGGAGGACUGUGUGUGAUUGUUCCAGGUGUAUAAGGAGGACUGUGUGUGGUUGUUCCAGGUGUAUAAGGAGGACUGUGUGUGGUUGUUCCACAUGUAUAAGGAGGACUGUGUGUGGUUGUUCCAGGUGUAUAAGGAGGACUGUGUGUGGUUGUUCCAGGUGUAUAAGGAGGACUGUGUGUGGUUGUUCCACAUGUAUAAGGAGGACUGUGUGUGGUUGUUCCAGGUGUAUAAGGAGGACUGUGUGUGGUUGUUCCAGGUGUAUAAGGAGGACUGUGUGUGGUUGUUCCAGGUGUAUAAGUAGGACUGAGUGUGGUUGUUCCAGGUGUAUAAGGAGGACUAUGUGUGGUUGUUCCAGGUGUAUAAGGAGGACAGCAUGUGGUUGUUCCAGGUGUAUAAGGAGGACUGUGUGUGGUUGUUCCAGGUGUAUAAGGAGGACUGUGUGUGGUUGUUCCAGGUGUAUAAGGAGGACUGUGUGUGGUUGUUCCAGGUGUAUAAGGAGGACUGUGUAUGGUUGUUCCAGGUGUAUAAGGAGGACCUUCCCCAGCUGAGGCUGCAGAGCAGAGAGAAGAAGCAGCAGGUCGGCUCCCUGAAGCGCCAGAGAGGCCCAGAUGAAGCCCUUCGUCUAAAGUUUGUCCACGGGUAAUGGGUUCUUACUGUAUGACAGGUCUUAUUGGUCUCAUGUUCCUCUGAAACAUUGUCAUAUGUGGGUUUUAGAUAUCGUCUUCUCAAAGUCAAAUUGAUUGAGAUGACAAGGACAGAUUUAUUGUAUUGAUGAAAUGGUGUGUUUCCAUCAUGAAGAAACAAUCUCUUCCUCUGAAAUGUGCCUGUGUGUCAGCUGUUGGAAUAUGCAAAUCCCUUUUCAAAGCUGUAGUUGAAAAAAAAAAAUUGUGUGAAGCAGUUUAAGUUACUGAUUCAGCACCAGCAGUCCUUUAAGACUUCGCUAUAGCAGCUCUAAUACACCCUUUUUGUCAAAUUUAAAGACCUCACAGUGGGGGAGGGAGGUCUUUCAGCAUUUGAGCGAUUAAAUAAAUGCCACACAUGACACAUCUGAUUAAAAUUCCCCCCACACACCACAGGGUUUAUCAGACACUCUUAAAUAGGCCAUGUGGGAGAGAGACGGCAUAUGAACUGUGAUCUCAGCUCUUAUCUGAUUGUCACUUUCCCCAGUCAGCUUUACAGAAAUAUCCAGGCCUCAAGGAAUGGGUUUGCCUUUAUAUCAGUAUAGGUGGAUUUAACUCCCCUUAAUUUAGUAUAAUUGUGUUUGUCCAUUGAGCUUGCAGUCCUGUGACCUAUUUCUCUCUCUCUCUCUCUCUCUCUCUCUGUGUGUGUGUGUGUGUGUGUGUGUGUGUGUGUGCAGGUACCGUGGCUACGACUGCAGAAAUAACCUGUACUACACCCAGGCUGGGGAGGUGGUGUACCAUGUAGCGGCGGUGGGUGUGGUCUACAACAGAGAGCAACACAGUCAGCGGUUUUACCUGGGCCACGAUGAUGACAUCCUUAGUCUGACUGUACACCCACUCAAAGACUAUGCAGCCACUGGACAGGUUCUCUCUUUCUCUCUCUCUUUCACUCUGCUUUAUUGGCAGGAAUGGGUGGUUGCCACUGUUGCCAAAGCAAUGUAUAUGAAGCACAGGAGGUUGGUGGCACUUUAAUUGGGGAGAACGGGCUCGUGAUAAUGACUGGUGCGGAGUCAGUGGAAUGGUAUCAAAUACAUCAAACACAGGGUUUCUAUGUGUUUGAUGCCAUUCCAUUUGCGCCGUUCCAGACAUUAUUAUGAGCCGUCCUCCCCUCAGCAGCCUCCUGUGGUAUGAAGUAUUAGAUCAAUGAACAGUAUGUCUGAGCAAUAAUUUAUAUCAACAAAACAAGCAUACAUGGAAAAGCAAACUACAAGGGCUGAUGUGUAUGAUGUGGCGGGAGCCAUACUCUCACUCUCACUCUCACUCUCUCACUCACUCACUCACUCAUACACUGAUCUUAAUCACCUCUUUGUGAAUGUGUCCAGGUUGGCAGGGACCCAGCCAUCCAUGUGUGGGACAUCCAAACCCUGAAGUGCUUCUCCUUGCUCAAGGGCUUUCACCAGAGAGGAGUGUGUGCUCUUGACUUCUCUGGUAUGGCUAACGUGUUUAUCUGGGCAUGUAAUGUAUGUCAUUAUCAGAAAUUAAUUUCAAUAUCAGCCUAUUUUAAUGAUCAAAGCCCAAGUCUUAUUUUGUGAAUGUGUUGGGAUGUUCUGUCCCUAUGUCUGUUAUGAUGUCAAACUAAGAUUUUGUAGAUAUGUUGGGAUGUUCUGUCCCUAUGUCUGUUAUGAUGUAAAACUAAGAUUUUGUAGAUAUGUUGGGAUGUUCUGUCCCUAUGUCUGUUAUGAUGUCAAACUAAGAUGUUGUAAAUGUGUUGGGAUGUUCUGUCCCUAUGUCUGUUAUGAUGUCAAACUAAGAUUUUGUAAAUAUGUUGGUGUUCUGUCCCUAUGUCUGUUAUGAUGUCAAACUAAGAGUAGAAUGUUGUUCCUCAAUGUGCAGCGGAUGGGAAGAGCCUGGUCUCAGUGGGCAUUGAUGACCACCACUCUAUCAUCUUGUGGGAUUGGAGGAAGGGCGAGAAGCUGGCCACUGCAAGGUACUAAAAGCUUUUUCACCCCGGCUGAAAGCUGCUGUUAGUGUGAUCAGUGCAUUUAGACAUUUAGAGUCAUUACACAAACAGGAUUUUAUAGAGUAGUCCAGCUAAGCCGGGUUCAGAUCCUUUUUGUUUUCUUUCAAAUACCUCAGCUGCGCUCAAAUAUGCUUACCUGGCACAAUGUAACCUAUGGUAUACUCCCAAAAGUGCAAAUCCCGCCAUACUCCAGGCAGGUUCAAUCAAGUGUUCAAAGUAUUGGAAAGAAAUCAACUACUACUUGGACUCAGGUCUGUUGUCUUAAUGAUGACACAUUUGUAGGGACAGCCAGGAGUUUUCUCCUGACCACAUGAAGUGACCAGGAAAAACAUAAGGCUCUUUGUAUUUGAGCGGACAGAAUGUGAAGUGGAUAUUCUGUCUCUGUCCUUCCCAGGGGACACAAAGACAAGCUGUUUGUGGUGAAGUGUAAUCCUAUCCUCAUGGACAAGCUGGUCACAGUGGGAAUCAAACACAUCAAGUUCUGGCAGCAUACAGGUCUGUCCUCCUGUUCUGCCCGACUGUCUCUCUCAUACUAUCAGUCUCUCUCAUACCAUCAGUCUCUCUCAUACCAUCAGUCUCUGUCAUACUAUCAGUCUCUCUCAUACUAUCAGUCUCUCUCAUACUAUCAGUCUCUCUCAUACUGUCAUUCUCAUACCAUCAGUCUCUCUCAUACCAUCAGUCUCUCUCAUACUGUCUCUGUCAUACCAUCAGUCUCUCUCAUACUAUCAGUCUCUCUCAUACCAUCAGUCUCUCUCAUACUAUCAGUCUCUCUCAUACCAUCAGUCUCUCUCAUACUAUCAGUCUCUCUCAUACUGUCAGUCUCUCUCAUACCACCAGUCUCUCUCAUACCAUCAGUCUCUCUCAUACUAUCAGUCUCUCUCAUACUAUCAGUCUCUCUCAUACUGUCAGUCUCUCAUACCAUCAGUCUCUCUCACACCAUCAGUCUCUCUCAUACUAUCAGUCUCUCUCAUAUUAGCAGUCUCUCUCAUACCAUCAGUCUCUCUCAUACUAUCAGUCUAUCUCAUACUGUCAGUCUCAUACCAUCAGUCUCUCUCAUACUAUCAGUCUCUCUCAUACCAUCAGUCUUUCUCAUACCAUCAGUCUCUCUCAUGCCAUCAGUCUCUCUCAUACCACCAGUCUCUCUCAUACUAUCAGUCUCUCUCAUACUAUAAUUAUCUCUCAUACCAUCAGUCUCUCUCAUACUGUCAGUCUCAUACCAUCAGUCUCUCUCAUACUAUCAGUCUCUCUCAUACCAUCAGUCUCUCCCAUACUAUCAGUCUCUCUCAUACUAUCAGUCUCUCUCAUACUAUCAGUCUCUCUCAUACUAUCAGUCUCUCUCAUACCAUCAGUCUCUCUCAUACUAUCAGUCUCUCUCAUACCAUCAGUCUCUCUCAUACCAUCAGUCUAUCUCAUACUGUCAGUCUCAUACCAUCAGUCUCUCUCAUACCAUCAGUCCCUCUCAUACCAUCAGUCUCUCUCAUACCAUCAGUCUCUCUCAUACUAUCAGUCUAUCUCAUAUUGUCAGUCUCAUACCAUCAGUCUCUCUCAUACCAUCAGUCUCUCUCAUAUUAUCAGUCUCUCUCAUACCACCAGUCCCUCUCAUACCAUCAGUCUCUCUCAUACCAUCAGUCUCUCUCAUACUAUAAUUAUCUCUCAUACUAUCAGUCUCUCUCAUACUGUCAGUCUCAUACCAUCAGUCUCUCUCAUACUAUCAGUCUCUCUCAUACCAUCAGUCUCUCUCAUAUUAUCAGUCUCUCUCAUACCACCAGUCUCUCUCAUACCAUCAGUCUCUAUCAUGCCAUCAGUCUCUCUCAUACCACCAGUCUCUCUCAUACUAUCAGUCUCUCUCAUACUAUAAUUAUCUCUCAUACUAUCAGUCUCUCUCAUACUGUCAGUAUCAUACCAUCAGUCUCUCUCAUACUAUCAGUCUCUCUCAUACUAUCAGUCUCUCUCAUACUAUCAGUCUCUCUCAUACCAUCAGUCUCUCUCAUACUAUCAGUCUCUCUCAUACCAUCAGUCUCUCUCAUACUAUCAGUCUCUCUCAUACUAUCAGUCUCUCUCAUACUAUCAGUCUCUCUCAUACUGUCAGUCUCAUACCAUCAGUCUCUCUCAUACCAUCAGUCUCUCUCAUACUAUCAGUCUCUCUCAUACUAUCAGUCUAUCUCAUACUGUCAGUCUCAUACCAUCAGUCUCUCUCAUACCAUCAGUCUCUCUCAUACCAUCAGUCUCUCUCAUACUAUUAGUCUCUCUCAUACUAUCAGUCUAUCUCAUACUGUCAGUCUCAUACUAUCAGUCUCUCUCAUACCAUCAGUCUCUCUCAUACCAUCAGUCUCUCUCAUACUAUCAGUCUCUCUCAUACUAUCAGUCUCUCUCAUACUAUCAGUCUCUCUCAUACUAUCAGUCUCUCUCAUACUAGCAGUAUCUCUCAUACUAUCAGUCUCUCUCAUACUAUCAGUCUCUCUCAUACCAUCAGUCUAUCUCAUACUGUCAGUCUCUCUCAUACCAUCAGUCUCUCUCAUACCAUCAGUCUCUCUCAUACCAUCAGUCUCUCUCAUACCAUCAGUCUCUCUCAUACCAUCAGUCUCUCUCAUACCAUCAGUCUCUCUCAUACCAUCAGUCUCUCUCAUACUAUUAGUCUCUCUCAUACUAGCAGUAUCUCUCAUACUAUCAGUCUCUCUCAUACUAUCAGUCUCUCUCAUACCAUCAGUCUCUCUCAUACCAUCAGUCUCUCUCAUACCAUCAGUCUCUCUCAUACUAUUAGUCUCUCUCAUACUAUCAGUCUAUCUCAUACUGUCAGUCUCAUACUAUCAGUCUCUCUCAUACCAUCAGUCUCUCUCAUACCAUCAGUCUCUCUCAUACUAUCAGUCUCUCUCAUACUAUCAGUCUCUCUCAUACUAUCAGUCUCUCUCAUACUAUCAGUCUCUCUCAUACUAGCAGUAUCUCUCAUACUAUCAGUCUCUCUCAUACUAUCAGUCUCUCUCAUACCAUCAGUCUAUCUCAUACUGUCAGUCUCAUUAUCAGUCUCAUACCAUCAGUCUCUCUCAUACGAUCAGUAUCUCUCAUACUAUCAGUCUCUCUCAUACUAUCAGUCUCUCUCAUACCAUCAGUCUAUCUCAUACUGUUAGUCUCAUUAUCAGUCUCAUACCAUCAGUCUCUCUCAUACCAUCAGUCUCUCUCAUACUAUCAGUCUCUCUCUUUCUCGCUCCUCUCCUCUCAUGUCCCUGCUUUUCUUUCAAGUAUAUACUUCCAGGUGUUUUCACACUGUGAUUCUAUCUUUAGGAAAGUGAUCCAACCUGUCCAACCAUUAUUCUUGUGGACAUAGGAACAGCUCUGUCUAUCUUGUCAGGCAUUGUAUGUUUAUGGAAAUCAAUUGAUGUAUACCUGAGUUUCUAAUGGUGUGCUGUCUCUAAAGGUGGAGGCCUUAUGUUCCAGCGAGGCGUCUUUGGGAACCUGGGGAAGCUGGAGACAAUGAUGUCGGUGUGUUACGGUCGGACAGACGAGCUGGUAUUCUCUGGAGCCGCCACGGGGGACAUAUAUGUCUGGAAGGAGCCUGUGCUGCUGAAGACCAUCAAGGCCCACGACGGACCUGUGUUCGCCAUGUUCUCCCUGGACAAGGUACUCUACUGAGUGUCAGCCCUGUCUGCUAACAACAGACUGUUGGUCAACUUUCCACUAAUCUUAUAAUCAUAAUCUCAUAAUAAUCAUAGUCUCAUAAUAGGAUCAUCUUUAUUGCGUAGUCAUUUUGAUCAGAGACUAUUUGGAACGGCUCUGUAUUGUACUCUGGUUUCCCCACACCCACUUGGUGUAAAUAUUGAAUUGUCUUUCUCCCCAUUGACUCAUAAACGCCCUAUAACUGCUCUAUGAUGACUUCACCAUAUGGAAUUGAUGCUAUGUUGUUCGCUAGAGUAAUAUCCGCGUGAUAUUGUUGCUGCUGGCUGUAGUUAUGGAUGUGUUUAACUAUAAUUGGCAUGUAGUUGAGGCAGUUAUCAAUAUUGUAUCGCUCUGAUGAGGAGCUAUGGAGAGAUGUGAUGUGUUGAGUCAUGAUGGUUCUUGUGUUUGGGGACAAACACAGCAUCAUUAGGCAGCAUGAUUAAGCCACACAUAGAUUCCUUGUUUUCCUAAUUGGCCAUUUGCAGCCUGUCAUUUGACUGUGUGCAAUACUAUGCAGUCUUAAUGACUGAUGUAAACCUUGGUGUGUAUUGCAUCGUGCAUCUCCCUCCUGAUGCUGAGAUGGGAUUAAGUAAAUGGAUUGUCUCCCAUGAACUUCUGUUCUGUGGAAAAUUAUUAUUAUCGCUAUUUACUGUUACUAAUGAAGAGUGGAGCGAUUAUAAACAAUCAAUCCUGUCUCUUGUCAUCAGUCCAUGAUAGUGUUGUUAAUUAAACAUCUUCUAGUGUUUUCUCCCUCUUGUACAAAUAGAUUAUCUAUUUAUUCACAAUCUGUUCAAGUAGAGAUGCCUUAGAUCAAAACAAAAUAUUACAGUCUCAUUAGAUGUUACAUUUAUGUGAUGCUGUUUCCAAAACCUUUCAUCAGAGAAGCAGUCUUAAGUAAGAUGUGGGAGGGCAUUCCUGUGGGAGACCGCCGCUGAAUUCCUGAAGUGUUGUUGUUGCUGCUGCUUCAGAUCUUUGACAGGCCCUGUCUGCUAGUAGAAGUCAUUGUAAUUCCCAACUGCUUCUGUGUGUUGUGAAAGAUGUCAGAGACAGACAGUACUUUUCAUUUGUCUUCCCUCCAUUCAUACCUUCCUCCUGCACUUCAUCAUUCAACACUUCCUUCUCAGUUUCAAGACAAACUGAUCCCCCUACCAUCCUUCAGCAGUUCAGACAGACCUCUUGACAAGCUGUCAUGCGGAACAUUAGGGUAGGUCAGAGCCCCUGUCUCAUCCGGCCCUCAUCACUGUUAGUUUUCCUCAGUGUGGUUGUCAGUUGUGGAGUACGUUGGGUGAUGUCCCUCUGCUGUUGUUCCCUCCAGGGCUUUGUGACAGGUGGGAAGGACGGGAUGGUGGAGCUGUGGGACGACAUGUUUGAGAGAUGCCUGAAGACCUACGCCAUCAAGAGAGCAGCCCUCUCCCCGGGAUCUAAAGGUAGGAUACCACGUUUGACUCCGUUCUAUUUAUUCCAUUCCAGCCAUUACAAUGAGCCCUUCCUCCUAUAGCUCCUCCCACCAGCCUCCAUAACACUCCCUACAGUAACUGACAGUCAACCAAAGUCUAUGACACAUACAGAAACACUAUCUGAGAAGUGCUGUAAUUCUCUCUUGAAGGCAUGCUCUGACCAUGUAAAACACAUACCUGUACCACUGUGUCCUCCUCUAGUUAGUGCUGCCAUCUCGUGGACUCAUGUAAAAAUGCAGUUAUAUUUUUAAUAUUCCUUCUAUCUGCUGCUAUCGAUCUGGGAGGAUUUCACGGCUACAGCUAUAUUUAGUCUGUAUGUGUGUGUCCCCCAGGGCUGCUCUUGGAGGACAACCCCUCCAUUCGUGCCAUAACUCUGGGACACGGACACAUCCUGGUGGGAACCAAGAAUGGAGAAAUACUUGAAAUAGACAAGAGUGGACCCAUGACCCUGCUAGUCCAGGUGUGUGUGUGUGUGUGUGUGUGUGUGUGUGUGUGUGUGUGUGUGUGUGUGUGUUGUGACCGUGCGUGUGUACGUGUGUGUGUGCGUGUGUCUAUGCUUCCUUGCAUGCAUGUGUGUUUCUGACUGUCAGUGCAUCGCUGUUGUAGUUCCCUCCUAUGGCCCAACCCUUACAGCUCAGAGUCAGAGCCUCCCAGACUCCUUAGCGGUCAGGUAUGUGUGCUCUGUUGCCAUGGUGAACAGACCUGAUGGGAAUGGGUUAUGAAGGAUCAGUAUGGAAGUGUUGUUGGGUAAAAUUGACUGCUGCUAUCUGGGAUGCGAUGGAUUGAGGCUUUUGUUUAGCCUCUCACUCAUACUCCACGUCAAUAUGAACACAAUGUACAGUAUUGUCCUGAGAAAAAAUAGUGGAUUAGGUGUAAUGGUUCAGGGCAUGUCAACUGUGAUUGACUGACAGCUGUGUGUCCGUCUGUUGCUAUGGUUACAGGGUCACAUGGACGGCGAGGUGUGGGGUCUUGCUGCUCACCCCCUGCUCCCCAUAUGUGCCACAGUGAGUGACGACAAAACCCUGCGGAUAUGGGAGCUCUUCACCAUCCACCGCAUGGUAGCCGUUCGCAAACUUAAAAAAGGUACUGCUGAAUGUUGAUAUCUUCCUCGACUAAUGAGUCAUUAACUCCCAUGAUCAUCAACAAACAUACAGAUGUAGGAUCGUAAUUUGAGCCAGUUUGCUACAGCAGGAACAUAAUCCUGCAGCAACAGGAAAUGUGGAUUAUAAUUAAUGGAUAUUUUAGUAGGGCUUGAUACAUUUUUCGUAAGGGCAAAUCAGGUCUGAAAUAUCAGUUAAAAUUACAAACUUUAGAAGCCUUUUAAAAACUCUAAUACACUCCAAGUUUGCAUUUCCUGCUUUGCGGGUAAAUUCUCAGCAACAAAAGAGUGAUCAAAUUAAGAUCCUACAUCUGUAAGGUACCCUAGUGUAACCUUCUGUGUCUGUCAGUCUAUGUCUGUAUCUCCAUUUUGGAAGUGUUUAACUCUGUGUGUACGUGUGUGUGGUGUGUGUGUAUCAGGUGGAAGAUGCUGUGCCUUCUCCCCUGAUGGGAAGGCCUUAGCGGUGGGCCUCAAUGAUGGUAGUUUCCUGGUGGUGAACUCUGACACCCUGGAGGACCUGGUGUCCUUCCAUCACAGGAAGGAGUCUAUUUCUGACGUCAGGUUUUCACAAGGUAAACUUUGACAUAGACUGUGUACUAUCAGCCGACUGGAUCACUUAUCAUUGAUAUGUUCAUUCACUGCUGUUUGUAUUUCAUAACACUGAUAAUAUGCAUGGGUAUUUUAUUAGUAUUUUAUUUGAGUUAAACUGUUCCUAAUAUACACUCAUAGAAAAAAGGGUUCCAAAAGGGUUCUUCGGCUGUCCUCAUAGGAUAACCCUUUUUGGUUCCAGGUAGAACCCUUUUUGGUUCCAGGUUGAAUCCUCUGUGAAAAGGGUUCAACCUGGAACCAAAAGGCUUCUACUUGGCACCGAAAAGGGUUCUCCAAAGGGUUCUCCUAUGGGGACAGCCGAAUAACCCUUUUAGGUUCUAGAUAGCACCUUUUUUUCUAAGAGUGUAUUGAGGUUUCACUGAAUAGCAUUAUCACCCACCUGGCUGAGGUGUUGAUCACUGGUUCUAUGGCUUCCUUAGACGCUGGUAAAUACCUCGCUGUAGCCUCUCAUGAUAACUUUGUGGAUAUCUACAAUGUGCUGUCCAGCAAGAGGGUGGGAAUCUGUAAAGGAGCUUCAAGCUAUAUCACUCAUAUAGACUGGGACUCUCGUGGUGAGUUUAUGGUGUAAUUGCCAGAGGAGCAUGAAUACCCCUUAGUAGUCUGUAGGUACAACUUCUAUUUUGUCCUUGGAUUCUGAGAAAGUUAUUUUUUUUAUGUAGGUAAAUUGCUGCAAGUAAAUUCAGGUGCCAAAGAGCAAUUAUUCUUCGAAGCCCCAAGAGGGAAGAGACAAACCAUAAGAAAUUCUGAGGUAAGAGACCCAACUGAGAUUGUCAUUUUUCUCAGCUAGACAUCAAAUAUAAAUGGACACUCCAUGAAAGCAGGAGGCAGUGUUUAACACACUGUGUGUGUGUACGCGCGUUCCUGUUUCCGCCUGUCAGAUAGAGAAGAUGGAGUGGGCUACCUGGACAUGUGUCCUAGGCCCCACCUGUGAGGGGAUCUGGCCCACCCACAGUGACAUCACAGACGUCAAUGCCGCCUCGCUCACCAAAGACAAGAAGCUGCUCGCCACCGGAGACGACUUUGGCUUCCUCAAGCUCUUCAGCUAUCCAGCCAGGGUGCGACAGCUCAGACAGGCACUAGUGUUAAAUUACAUUUUACUCACUUGAACUGAAAUGGAAUUGACCCCAAUGCUGGUACAUGUCUCUGUUGUUGACUCAAGUUGAAUGUUGUCCCUUGGUUCAACUUGGUUCAAUGUUGUCUCUUGGUUCAACUUGGCACUGUCUGCUCCCCCCUCAGGGUCAAUAUGCCCGCUUCAAGAAGUAUGUGGGCCACAGUGCCCAUGUAACUAACGUGCGAUGGGCACAAGAUGACGCCACGCUACUGACGCUGGGCGGAGCUGACACAGCACUGAUGAUUUGGAGCCUGGAGAGAACCGGAGAGGGUCACAGGGAGAACCCUGUGGACAGCGAGGAGUCAGACGAUGACAUUGAGGAGGACGGAGGUAAAAGCCAAGCCUUUAGACUACUGAUCCAUACAGUACAGUAGUAUACAGUAGUACUAUAUACAGUAGUACUUUACAUUUACAUUUUAGUCAUUUAGCAGACGCUCUUAUCCAGAGCGACUUACAGUUAGUGAGUGCAUACAUUUUUCUAACUUGUGGGUGGAAGGUAGCCUAGUGGUUAGAAUGUUGGGCCAGUAACUGAAAGGUCGCUGGUUCGAAUACCCAAGGUGAAAAAUCUGUUGGUGCCCUUGAGCAAGGCACUUAACUCUAAUUUGCACCAGGGGCGCCGUACUACUAUGUCUGACCCUGUACAAAAGCACAUUUCACUGCAACUAUCCUGUGUAUGAAACAUAUAUAUUAAUUUUUACAACUCUCUCACAAUCUACUCUCAGAACUCCCAUAGAACAUUCUCAACAAACACACACAAAGCUAUCCUGAUCAAAUACUACUUUUUACACACUGCUCUAAUUGGCUGAGUCUCUUCCUGUGGGCGUGUCUGUAGGGUAUGACAGUGAUGUGGCAAGGGAGAACAGCAUCGACUACACCACUAAGAUCUAUGCUGUCAGCAUCCGGGGUAUGUGUGGCAUCAAACCCCACCAGCAACUGAAGGAGGUGUCACCAGAGGAAAGGUACACCCCCACACCUCUGUCUCUGUCACUUCUCCCUUCCCGCUCGUAUGCCUAAACUGUCCAGCUUCUGUUUAGGGACUGGUUGUUGUCACUCAGUGAUAGAGCUUAAAAAUUAGAGAGUUUCUUGGCCCCUGACCAUUGUGUUGUGUGUAGAUUUGAAACAAUUUAAAGUCUGAGGCAGUGACAAUAAAAAAUGGGUAAGUUUUAUCUGUUAUGUUAGGCCUCAAAAGUCUGUUAAAGUCUUGAUCGUAAUCAGGCUGCCAUCACCUUCCAACGCUAUUUGAUUAUCUCUACAGGAAUGCUUAUAGAGUCCUCUGGUGUCAGAAACAGGAACUGCACCUGUCUUUUUUGUAAGUUAAAAAAGACUUAGUUUACCAGUACACAGCUACUUGAGUAUAAUUAACAUCUACAGUAUUUAUCCUUUUGUAAAGCCUCAGAGGUGGUCAUUGUAGGGUUGACAUGGAUAUAGAGUUUGGUCUUGCUUUUUUAUGAUACAGAGUGAGUUGACUUUUACUGCUUAGCUGACAGCAUUUGAAGUGUAAGGGAAGACUGCGUGGGGUUUGUUUUCAUGUUAGACUAUUUCAAAUAGAAUAUGAGGCCUGAUUUAAUUUGAUAGACAUUAUAGACUACUCUUUACUUAUCUGUACUACUUGCAUUAAAAAAAUAGACAUUUUAUGCUCAUAGAAAGAUCUUUAUCACCAUUUCCAUAUUAUGUCUUUCUGCACUUUGAGUGUACAUGUGUACCAUAUGUGUUCUCUCUAAUACUCUCUCUCUCUAUUCACCUCUGUUGCUAUGAUACUGUGGAUUGUCCUUUGCAUGUAUUGUGGAUGUAGCCCAUUGAUAUUGUAUGCUGUGUGCAUGUUUAUGUGUGGUCCAUCUAUCUGUGGAUUGUUGGGUGUACAUGUUUGGGUUGUAAUCUAUGUGGUGUCACAGUAUGAGAUUGCAUGUACUUGUGGCUUUGGUGGAAUCUUGUCAAAGUAUUGCACAAUGUUAUGUGCAUGUGUAGCAGGAGUGCUCUCUCGAGCUUCAGUGUGAUAUCUGUUGCUAUGAUACCGAUAUGUUGUUUAUACAGAACAUAUACAGUAUCAUUGGUAUGAUCUCAGUUGCUUUGAGACUGUAUAAAGUAUAUAUUGCCACAUCCAUAUAACUGGCUAAUCAGCUAUGUGCAGCUAGGGGAAGUCAAAAAUAUAGUGUGUAAAUGGCAUGCAUAGCCCGAGGAGACAAUGAUUGAUUUCUGUCAAAGCCGAAGGAUGCGUUGCCGCAAAUUGAAUUCUAAGCCCUAAAAUUAAUAUUAUUUACCAUGACACUCCCCACUAUUCUGCAUCAUUGUCACAUAUAGCAGUGCUGUUACGUAUGGAGGACUUUGACUUUGCCCUCUGUGCGUUCUCUUUUAUAGAAUGUGUAGAAUAACAUUUCCCAAUGAUACAACAUCACAGAAUGACAGGAAACAUGAAAUAGUUACAGAACAUGAACCAGUGAAGAACCAAUCAUAUGCGUUCUUCCAUUUUGUAGAAUGUUAUGAAUUUGUAAGUGCAUAACAUCCUGUUCAAUCUCUUUAAUAUCUCUAUUGUUAUGCUGUUCAAUCUCUUUAAUAUCUCUAUUGUUAUGCUGUUCAAUCUCUUUAAUAUCUCUAUUGUGUUUUAACUUGCAUUCCUUUGGAGGCAGGGCAUUGUCAAGUAAGUAUGACCUAUGCAUACGUUCUGUGUUAGCUAUGGGAUGUGGGUGGUAUUUCCAUACACUGGUUGUGCAGAGAUGAGGAUAGUAGUAGAGUGAGUAGGGAGAAUAUCUACCAUUCAGUAGAGUAUAUGGUGUUGUUAUUUUAAUCCAGGGAUUUCAACAGAAUGGACAUUUUUUCCAUGUUUUUCUUUUUAUGACCGUACGUACUUUACAUUUUAUCCAAAAAUGUUUGUUCAUUCACUGAUCUCCUAUAAUGGUACUACAGGAAGCAGUUCUGAAAAACCCGAAUUUUCUAGUCAUCUAUUUCUCUGGACUCUGGGCAUAAUCUCCCUUAGCCCAUGGGUCUCAAUAUCACUCAUCUUGCUCAAAAUCUGGUCAACGUGAAGUUAUGUAAAUUGCACGAGUAAGACAUUUUAUUUGAUAUCAGUUUUGUGUCAUUUGUAUCACAAUUUAUUUUGUAGAGAGCACUCCGAGUACAGUAACGAUCUACCAAGUGACGCUGGAGGAGACUUUCUUUCUUUCUUUCUUUCUUUCUUUCUUUCUUUCUUUCUUUCUUUCUUUCUUUCUUUCUUCUUUCUUUCUUUCUUUCUUUCUUUCUUUCUUUCUUUCUUUUUUUUUUUCUUUCUUUCUCUUUCUCUCUACCUCUCUUUUCCUCUUCUCCUCUCGUGGAGCCCCAGACAUCACAGGACAUUGUUUUCCCAUAACCCCUUGGGGGAUGAGAUCGAGGCACUGACGCAUUUCUCUCUUCCUGUGCCCCUCCUCCUCCUCCUCUCAUAGGAGCUCUAUUGCACAGUUUGCACAGGGACCCCAGGGUAUGACCCCCUCCCCUUAUCGCUCUGUAGACUGGUGCACUCUCUCAUUCCACACUUCUCCUCCGAGCUGUCUCUCUCUCUCUUUCUAGCAUGCUGACAGUAGGCUGACAGUCAGAGCAUGGUGUGCAGCAGCCAGGAAUGAUGGCUAAUAGCUCUCCAGGUUGCUUUUUGCAUGAGCAUAGAGCCUUUAUAGCUAUACUGAGUCCCCUCGGACUCCGACCUGCGUCCUCUAAACCUCUCACUUGGUUCUGUCCACUGCUCUCAAGGGGAUCCAGGUAAAGUGGGCUACUUGUGUCUAUCACACUGUGUGUGUACACUGUGGCUUCAGGUCCACGUGUUUCUCUGUGAUGUUCUGACGUUCUGUAUGUUUGUUCUUGCAUGGUGGCAGUCAGCUCAUCUCAUUCCCAUCUGAUCAGAACUGCAUGUUUGCAUCCAGACUGCAGAGUUUCACACCCAGUGGGGCUUUUUUUCCAUCUUCUCUUUCCUGUUCAGAUCGAGACAUGGAGCUAGGCAGCAUCCCUCUAUGAUCCUACAAUCCUAGCUCAGCAUGAACAUUUUACAAUCAGUCCGCAGGAGUUAGUUACUACACUACUACAGAUAUUGAAUCUGUGGUGUUAUGUGGCAACACUAAACUCUGAUAUGCUGAUUGAACUCAUUUCAGAGCACAUAGACACUGAUAAUAUUGUUAAAACACAUGGGGAAGAGGGAGUCUGAUUGCUGAAUGAAACAGGAGAAAGUAGAUGUUGGAAAUAUUAGCUCCCUGCCAUGCAAGAUCAUCCAAACAAUGCUGGUUAAAUGCUGUUCAGACAAACAGAGAAGAACGGUAGUGUCUGUCAGCUGUAAGGAGUGUAAACUAUGUUUGUGAUCACAGCUAUUACCUUUGGGCUAGUGCCAGUGAGCUGGAACCUUAUCUUGUAAGACACGGCUGUAGUUAUACCAGGCUAUUGCACACAGUGGCAGUGCUGUAUAACUAAUGCUUCUGCAUCGUCAUUGCACUGUUCAACCUCCUGUGGGAUUUCAACCUCCAAGGUCUUCUUCAAUAUGUGUUUCCCUGUUAACUUGUAGACUCUCUGUCUGUGUGGGUACGCCCGGGAGCAUGCACACAUUUCCGUGAACCUUUGACAAGGAGCAAUAACUUAAUAACUUAUAUUCUUUCUUUAAUGGCCCUGUGUUUUUGUGUCAACUAUCAAUAGUAUUGAUAUGUCAGAUGUUUUACAUGGUCAGACUGUUAACCCGUGAGAGUGACCAUGGACCUCAGGUCUCAGCCAGGACACAUCACUGUGGUAACCAACACCACCUAGGAAAUCUAAUUUUCCAACACAUCCAAUGACUUCAUUUUUAAGGAGAGUGGAAUUCCACUCACUUUAAAGGAGCAAUCUGCGAUUGCUACAUCAACUGCAGAUUGCCCCUUUUUAAGUAUUUUUAUUUUAUAGGGAGAGAUUUCAAUGAGGGGGAGACAGAGAGGGAAAUACAGGGAAGGCUUCACUGAGAGGCAGGGGCAGAUGUGAUGCAUGUAGCAGUGUAGAGCUCCUAGAGACUGACUCAGAGACUGAGUGGAAUUGUAUUCUGUGGCUCACUGUGGCUCAUUGCCAUUCAUGUUAAAUGUGGCCUCAGCCAACUGGUGUAAUGUGUCAUUAUUGGUGUGAUCCUUAUGUGAAAGUUGACGCUUGUUAACAUUGUGAAUGUGAUGUGCCCACCUUGGUGACAUGUGUGCAGCGGCUGGCCAAAAUUCAUAAAUGUGGAAAAUGUCAGUGAUGUAUGCAAUUUUAUAUGUAGCACUGAAUCUGUCUGUAGAUAUUGUGUUAUAUGUACUGUGUGUGUGUCAUGAGGCACACUGAAUGUUUGUGUAUUAUAAACAGUAAAGCAUAUCAUGAGUGAUGAACAAACAAUGAUGUACUGUAGCAAUGCUUAACAAUGUUUAUAUUCAGAGUGAUGACUGAUUGCAGCUGUUUUGUUCUCUCUGAGUUCCUCAAGCUGUAGUUUAUUCCAUAGAUCUUUUCUAUCUCACAAUCUCUCUUUUCUAUCUCACAAUCUCUCUUUUCUAUCUCACAAUCUCUCUUUUCUAUCUCACAAUCUCUCUUUUCUUUCUCACAAUCUCUCUUUUCUUUCUCACAAUCUCUCUUUUCUUUCUCACAAUCUCUCUUUUCUUUCUCACAAUCUCUCUUUUCUAUCUCACAAUCUCUCUUUUCUAUCUCACAAUCUCUCUUUUCUAUCUCACAAUCUCUCUUUUCUUUCUCACAAUCUCUCUUUUCUUUCUCACAAUCUCUCUUUUCUUUCUCACAAUCUCUCUUUUCUUUCUCACAAUCUCUCUUUUCUUUCUCACAAUCUCUCUUUUCUUUCUCACAAUCUCUCUUUUCUUUCUCACAAUCUCUCUUUUCUUUCUCACAAUCUCUCUUUUCUUUCUCACAAUCUCUCUUUUCUUUCUCACAAUCUCUCUUUUCUUUCUCACAAUCUCUCUUUUCUUUCUCACAAUCUCUCUUUUCUUUCUCACAAUCUCUCUUUUCUAUCUCACAAUCUCUCUUUUCUAUCUCACAAUCUCUCUUUUCUAUCUCACAAUCUCUCUUUUCUAUCUCACAAUCUCUCUUUUCUAUCUCACAAUCUCUCUUUUCUAUCUCACAAUCUCUCUUUUCUAUCUCACAAUCUCUCUUUUCUUUCUCACAAUCUCUCUUUUCUAUCUCACAAUCUCUCUUUUCUAUCUCACAAUCUCUCUUUUCUUUCUCACAAUCUCUCUUUUCUAUCUCACAAUCUCUCUUUUCUUUCUCACAAUCUCUCUUUUCUAUCUCACAAUCUCUCUUUUCUAUCUCACAAUCUCUCUUUUCUUUCUCACAAUCUCUCUUUUCUAUCUCACAAUCUCUCUUUUCUAUCUCACAAUCUCUCUUUUCUUUCUCACAAUCUCUCUUUUCUUUCUCACAAUCUCUCUUUUCUUUCUGUUUUUGUUUCUAUCUCUCUCGUGUCAGACUAGACAGACAUUUUAUAACUUGGUCUAAUCUAUCCUUAAUAGGGCACAGCAAUGCCACAUAAUGAAAUCGCUCUGAGAAAACGUGACGUGGGUUUUUUGAAGUUCUGUGGUACACAUGUUAAAAUACUGUAUCUGUCCAAUAUAUCUGCUGUGUGAGGUACUAUCUGUUUACUCACUGCAGGCCUCCUGUUAGCCGAGCUGCUCCCCAACCAGAGAAGCUGCAGAAGAACAACAUCACCAAAAAGAAGAAGCUUGUCGAGGUUUGUUUCACGGUGGUGUUGAUGUUUACUCUGAAUAACUCUGAUGUCAUACUCAACACGUUACAAAAUCACAUCAAAUCAAAUUGUAUUGGUCACAUACACAUAUUUAGCAGAUGUUAUUGCGGGUGUCACGAAAUGCUUGUAGCAUGUUACAUUUUUAACUGUUUCUUUUUUAAUGAACCGUUGUUGGGUACGUUUGGUGCGCUGUGGGAUGUGAUUGGUCGGUGAUGUGUGUACUUCCAGGACCUGGUGCUGGACCACGUGUUUGGGUUCAGGGGCUUCGAUUGUCGUAACAACCUUCACUACCUCAACGACGGCGCCGACAUCGUCUUCCACACAGCAGCCACGGCCAUGGUGCACAGCCUCUCCACCGGUACAGCUACACGUUCUCACUUUUGCUUUUGGAUACCAUCUGCCACAUUGACUUCAGGCCUUGUGAUUUGAAAGGCGUGUACAUGAUAAGAUGAAGAUGAACUCUGUUGCUAUUUCUCCUCAGGGACUCAGAGUUUCUACUUGGAACAUACAGACGACAUCCUCUGUUUGACCAUCAAUCAACAUCCUAAAUACAAAAAUGUAAUCGCUACAGGACAGAUUGGUAUGUACUGUUCUGCAGUGAAUGAACGUUUCAUUUUAUUGUAGUUACAUGUUUAUGUAUUUUGCAUGUACUUGUAUGUACUUAUCCAUAGCAUUUGUGUGUGGGUAUAUGAGAGAGAGAGAGAGAGAGAGAGAGAGAGAGAGAGAGAGCGAGAGAGAGUCAGGGAGAUAGGAUCAGAGAGACAGACGGAGAUAGAGAGAGCUCGCUCCCUAUCGGCUCUCAUAGAGAGAGAUAGAGAGAGAGAGAGAGAGACAUUGAAUGCCCAUGUUUAGCCUUAUCUUCUUAGCUUCUCAACAUCCUAAAUACAAAAAUGUAAUCGCUACAGGACAGAUUGGUAUGUACUGUUCUGCAGUGAAUGAACGUUUCAUUUUAUUGUAGUUACAUGGUUAUGUCUUAGCAUGACUUGUAUGUACUUGUCCAGUAUCAUUUAGUGUUGUUAAUGUUAAAUGUAUCUCUGCAGCUCUUGUAUGCUCUUAUCCAUCUCUCUUCUUCGUGUCUUGAGUUCUCUCUCUCUGCUCUCUCUCAUAAUCGGCUUCGUAGAUGACGGGGUAGUGCGAGGAUGUGAGACCGCAUCGUAACUGGGUCGUCUCUGGCGCUCUACUGAGAUCGUUCGAGAAAUGUCGAUCAUCUCGUGAGCUCUUACAUGACUACAGUCAUGCAAGAUCUCCUGUCAGAAUGAUGCAUCCUUCCCUAUGUACAUCAUCCCUGUUUAGUCCCUUAUCCUAUUAGCAUUUUUCUGGGCCUUUUUUGGGGACUUGUUCAGUCUGCAUUGACACAUUUAAAUGUUGUUUGUUGCUAGAAUGAGUUUUUAUGGGUGCUUAAUAUCAUGGCCCUCAGCAGCAUCUGAGAAGGCACUCACUUUACAUUUCAUUUGUUCUUUUGCUGCCUAAUUUCCCAUCGAUCACACACCACAGGUGAAGUGACAGACUUGCCAGGUAAACCCCCCCCCCCCCCCCCCCCUCCAGAUUGACCUUUGCAGUGUGCCCUACCGUUAAAAUACCUAUUGGCCGGUUUCCCGGGCACAGAUUAAGCCCAGUCCUGGAAUAAAAAAGCAAACUCAAUGAAAAAAAUGAAAUAAUCUUAAUCUAUGUCGGGGAAACCACCCCAAUAGGUUUACCCUCUUAUUGCUGUUCUCCUGCAGUUUCCCAGUGGCCUGUCCUGUGUUUUCUAUCCUUAGCUUGUCCAGUAGUUAUCCCUCUGUAUUCAACCCUACUUUACUGUCCUUUUUUACCCAGUACUAUAAUACAGCCAAUCAAAUGCCCUGGACAGCUCCAUACUGUAGCCCUGUACACUGGCUCAGACUAUGGUGCUUUUCUCUGUGCUCCAGGCACCACCCCCUCCAUCCACGUGUGGGACGCCAUGAGUAAACAGACACUGUCCAUCCUGCGCUGCUCUCACGCCAAGGGGGUGGCCUACGUCAACUUCAGCGCCACGGGAAAGCUGCUGCUCUCUGUGGGGGUGGAGCCUGAACACACCAUCACUGUUUGGAGCUGGCAGGAAGGUGAGCCAUUCUGCCCCUGGUAAUAUACACUGAGAUGGUGGUAGGCUACAGGUUAGAUUGGUCUGUGCAUUUUUGGGAUCGCUAAUCGUAACAAUGUUGUUAGAUAUCACUCUGUAACUGUAAAUAGCAGGUCGUAGGAGUGUUUGCGCUUGUGUGGGUUCCCCUGUCCAGGUGCUAAAGUGACCAGUAAAGGUGGCCAUCCAGACAGGAUCUUCGUAGUGGAGUUCCGGCCAGACUCGGACUCUCAGUUUGUGUCUGUUGGGAUCAAGCACAUCAAGUUCUGGACGCUGGCUGGAGGCUCUCUCAUGUAUAAGAAGGGAGUGGUGGGCUCAGUGGAGGGCGGCAGGAUGCAGACCAUGCUUUCUGUGGCCUUCGGUGCGGUGAGUAUCGACAAAAUUUGACACUAAACUCUUUAGUCUACCCUAAUGGAUUGGAUUCACCCUAAACUAAUGUAAUCAGCUAUGUUUUCUGUAAUUAAUUUCAGAGAUACAUUAAACGGUUUUGUGAUCCUGACCUUAGGUUUCUCUUCCUGCAGAAUAACCUAACAUUCACGGGUGCCAUAAACGGGGAUGUGUACGUAUGGAAAGACCACUUCCUGCUUCGUGUCGUGGCUAAAGCCCACACCGGGCCAGUGUUCACCAUGUACACCACACUGAGGGACGGCCUCAUCGUCACAGGGGGCAAGGAGAGGCCGUGAGUACCGUACUGCUGCUCAACCAUUUACAGUUUACAUUUUAGUCAUUUAUCAGAUGCUCUUAUCCAGAGCGACUUACAGGAGCAAUUAGGGUUAAGUGUUUUGCUCAAGGGCACAUCGACUGAUUUUUCACCUAGUCGGCUCGGGGAUUUGAAACAGUGACCUUUCAGUUACUGGCCCAAUGCUCUUAACGGGAUAUUUUGGCAAUGAGGCCAUUUAUCUACUAGCAUGCUAGUAGAUACUCAUAGACUUCCAGUCAUUGCGCUAACUACCUCUAAUUUCCUUCAUACUAGACACAGAGACAUAAAGAUGGUAUCCACUAGUUCAUCUGACUCUGGGGAUGUAGAUAAAGAGCCUCACUGCCAAACAUCCUGAAGUAUCCCUUUAACCACUAGUCUACCUGCUACCAAGACCACUGACAAUCCCCUCAUAAUGAUCCCCUUAUAACACUCACCUCCUUGAGACCACACCAUUAAUUCGAACCUAAAGUAACAAGACACACUAGCACCAAAAAUCACAUCUGGAAUUCCACUGGAUUACAUUAAUAAUAGUUCUGAAUCUCAGUUAACACUCUAUCCUCUAUGAUGAUGAUACAUGGAUGAUGAUGAGGAGGAUGAUUAUGAUGGUGUGUGUGCGUGCGUGCACUUUCUCAGUACAAAGGAGGGCGGUGCAGUGAAACUGUGGGACCAGGAGAUGAAGCGUUGCCGAGCGUUCCAGCUGGAGACGGGCCAAACUGUUGAGUGUGUGAGGUCCGUUUGUCGGGGAAAGGUGAGUUCAGCACAGCCAGCAUACACCCCAGUGGGAGAGACUUUUAGCCUACAGCAGAUGUUAAACCUGAAAGCAACUCGCUGAACAUUCCUUUUGGAAAUCAAUAUACUGUAGCGAUAUUAUAUAUUAUAUACAAUUUAUUGAUUUUAAUUGAAUAUCAUAGUCAUUUAGCAGACGCUCUUAUCCAGAGCGACUUACAGGAGCAAUUAGGGUUAAGUGCCUUGCUCAAGGGCGUAUCGACUGAUUUUUCACCUAGUUGGCUCUGGGAUUUGAACCAGCAACUUUUUGGUUACUUGCCCAAUGCUCUUAACCGCCAGACUACCUGCCGCAGCAGAGAAGGUACCCAUUGGAUAGACUAAUGAUUGGACAUGAGAUUAGCAUUCAGAAUUUGUUUCCCUUUAUAAUGGCAAAAUCUAUUUGGUGCUCUUUCAUACUCUUGUUUAUUUUCCCUGUACUGCAACAUAACAUUUUGUUGCAGAGUUGAGAUAUUCAGGUUCAGAGCAGGUAAUGAUGCAUCAAAUACAAUCACUUAUUUUUUCCAUAGAAAAAUGGAUAGCUCAGUCAUUUUGUUUGGAAAUGGCUUUGUUUGCUUUCUUGUGACCUUCCCAUAUUGUAGCAACCUUCAGUAGCUCUUAGCCUACCCAGCAGCUUUAGCCACCUUUACAGUAGUAGUAUUGGAGAUGUGACAUGUUGCUUGAACCAGUCUAUCAUGUCAAGUUUGUAAAGUUUAUAGCUCUAGCACGAUUGAAAUGUAAAGGUAAUUUCCAAUUGAGCCGACAUAUGCAGCGUUUACCAUGAAUGCUGUCUCUGCGAAAGCAGGAACAGUACCUUUAUAUUUCAAUCGCACUAUAGUGCUGAACUUCAGCGAUACGGAUUGAAGCGAGCCCUAAGUCUAUAGCUAGGGUUUUGAAGGGUUCAAAACAUUAACCUUCUUGUGUCCCUGUCUACCAGGGUAAGAUUUUGGUAGGUACAAAGGAUGGUGAGAUCAUUGAGGUGGGAGAGAAGAACGCUGCGUCCAACAUUCUGAUCAACGGUCACAUGCAGGGGGAGAUCUGGGGCCUGGCCACCCACCCCUCUAAAGACCUGUUCAUCUCCGCCAGCGACGAUUGCACCAUCCGCAUAUGGGACCUGGCCGACAAGGUACAGCACAAAUAAAUACUAUGUGUUUCCAAUGGUCUGCUGAGUAGAGAAGUUGUGUUUUGAACUUACAUUGAAUGUCUUAAAUGAUUUAUUGCAGAAACAACUUUUUUGAAUCUCAAAUCUGUGUGAAAUUACGUUUGUGUUCUUGGUUUCCUUUGCACCUGAAUUUAUUUAGUUAACUGUUGAAUGGUAACAUACCGUCCUAUGUCAUGUUUUGUUGUCUACAACCCUGCUGUCUGUUUCCCUGCUAGAAACUGCUGAACAAGGUGAGCCUGGGCCACCCAGCCAAGUGUGCCAGCUACAGUCCCGAUGGGGAGAUGGUGUCUGUGGGCAUGAAGAAUGGGGAGUUCAUCAUCCUCCUCACCAACUCACUCAAGAUGUGGGGCAAGAAACGAGACCGCAGUGCUGCCAUACAGGACAUCAGGUAACAACUGAGGGGACAUAGGAGCUACCUGGAGCCGGGCUCUAGCACUUUGACUAGACUCAUGUCCAUAUCCUGGCAGUAACCCUAGCAUCAACCCUAACCCUAUCUUCAUGUCCACAUCCUGGCAGUGACCUUAGCAUCAACCAUAACCCUAGCUUCAUGUCCACAUCCUGGCAGUGACCUUAGCAUUAACCAUAACCCUAGCUUCAUGUCCACAUCCUGGCAGUGACCUUAGCAUCAACCAUAACCCUAGACUCAUGUCCAUAUCCUGGCAGUGACCUUAGCAUUAACCAUAACCCUAGCUUCAUGUCCACAUCCUGGCAGUGACCUUAGCAUCAACCAUAACCCUAGCUUCAUGUCCACAUCCUGGCAGUGACCUUAGCAUCAACCCUAACCCUAGCUUCAUGUCCACAUCCUGGCAGUGACCUUAGCAUCAACCAUAACCCUAGCUUCAUGUCCACAUCCUGGCAGUGACCUUAGCAUCAACCAUAACCCUAGCUUCAUGUCCACAUCCUGGCAGUGACCUUAGCAUCAACCAUAACCCUAGCUUCAUGUCCACAUCCUGGCAGUGACCUUAGCAUCAACCAUAACCCUAGCUUUAUGUCCACAUCCUGGCAGUGACCUUAGCAUCAACCAUAACCCUAGCUUCAUGUCCACAUCCUGGCAGUGACCUUAGCAUCAACCAUAACCCUAGCUUCAUGUCCACAUCCUGGCAGUGACCUUAGCAUCAACCAUAACCCUAGCUUCAUGUCCACAUCCUGGCAGUGACCUUUGCAUCAACCAUAACCCUAGCUUCAUGUCCACAUCCUGGCAGUGACCUUAGCAUCAACCAUAACCCUAGCUUCAUGUCCACAUCCUGGCAGUGACCUUAGCAUCAACCAUAACCCUAGACUCAUGUCCACAUCCUGGCAGUGACCUUAGCAUCAACCAUAACCCUAGCUUCAUGUCCACAUCCUGGCAGUAACCCUAACCCUAGUAUCAACCCUAACUCUUACAUCAACCCUAACCCUAGCUUCAUGUCCACAUCCCAAUUCAACCCUAGGUCGAACAUAUACAGAUUAACCCAAUGUAAUGAUUAUAUCAAGCGGCGUUAGGAAAUAAAUAAAUUCAUUGAUAAUGACUAGCACCGUUGCUAACUAGCAACGCUGGCCCCAUUUUCGCAAAGAGUUAUGGGAUAUUAGAACCCUGUUGUCUUAACCUUUGUCAUCUUCAACCUAGGUUCAACCCUAACCACAACCUGAACCCUAUCCUUAUUACUAACCCUAGCCUCAACCACAACCCAACCCUAGCUUCAACCACAACCCUAACCCUAGCUUCAACCACAACCCUAACCCUAGCCUCAACCACAACCCUAACCCUAGGCUCAACCCUAGCCUCAACCACAACCCUAACCCUAGCUUCAACCACAACUCUAACCUCAGCUAGAACCCUAACCCUCAACCACAACCCUAAUCCUAGCCUCCACCACAACCCUAACCCUAGCUUCAACCCAACCCUAACCCUAGCCUGAACCUCAACCCUCACCCUCCACCACAACCCUAACUGCAACCACAGCCCUAACCCAACCCCUAGCCUCAGCCACAACCUUAACCCUAGCCUCAACCCCAACCCUCACCCUCCACCACAACCCUAACCCUAAUUUUUUGCAUUGAUCUCAGGGAGGUGAAAGGACGAUGCACAAUAAAGAAAACGUACAAUAAAUACAGUUUCUAUGGUUGUCUAUGAUAUUUAAUAUAUGCAUGCUCAUCUUGAUUAAUACUGUUUUGAAAAUGUUUUAUUCCUUAUUCCUUUUAUUAUCUACAUGAUCCCUUAUAGAUGGUUAUAAACUCAUUUAUUGUGUGACAUAUAUUUAUUAGAAUUGUCUUUUACAUUACAGCCCUUUAUCUCCCAGGGCUUUGUCUUCCAGCACUUAGAAAUGUGUUUGUAUAUGUAUCCCUCCAUCCAUUUAUUUAUUAAAGCAUCAAUCCCUUGUAGAUUUUAAUAACAGAGUCCCUUCAUGGUCCUAGAUACCCACUCAGACCAUCAUUUCAGGAACAGGAAAUAGCCUACCUACUUUUACCAUCUAGUGAAUUUUAAAAGGUACUAUACCGGCAUCACAGGUCUUCAGGAUGCCAUCAAGUGUAAUUUAAUAGGUACUAUACCGGCAUCACAGGUCUUCAGGAUGCCAUCUAGUUAAUUUAAUAGGUACUAUACCGGCAUCACAGGUCUUCAGGAUGCCAUCUAGUUAAUUUAAUAGGUACUAUACCGGCAUCACAGGUCUUCAGGAUGCCAUCAAGUGUAAUUUAAUAGGUACUAUACCGGCAUCACAGGUCUUCAGGAUGCCAUCUAGUUAAUUUAAUAGGUACUAUACCGGAGUCACAGGUCUUCAGGAUGCCAUCUAGUGUAGUUUAAUAGGUACUAUACCGGAGUCACAGGUCUUCAGGAUGCCAUCUAGUGUAGUUUAAUAGGUACUAUACCGGAGUCACAGGUCUUCAGGAUGCCAUCUAGUGUAAUUUAAUAGGUACUAUACCGGAGUCACAGGUCUUCAGGAUGCCAUCUAGUGUAGUUUAAUAGCUACUAUACCGGAGUCACAGGUCUUCAGGAUGCCAUCUAGUGUAGUUUAGUAGGUACUAUACCGGAGUCACAGGUCUUCAGGAUGCCAUCUAGUGUAGUUUAAUAGCUACUAUACCGGAGUCACAGGUCUUCAGGAUGCCAUCUAGUGUAGUUUAAUAGCUACUAUACCGGAGUCACAGGUCUUCAGGAUGCCAUCUAGUGUAGUUUAAUAGGUACUAUACCGGAGUCACAGGUCUUCAGGAUGCCAUCUAGUGUAGUUUAAUAGGUACUAUACCGGAGUCACAGGUCUUCAGGAUGCCAUCUAGUGUAGUUUAAUAGGUACUAUACCGGAGUCACCGGUCUUCAGGAUGCCAUCUAGUGUAGUUUAAUAGGUACUAUCUGAGUCAGUAGAAUUCUUUAUAGCAUUAUAUUGGAGGGGCACACAAUAAUAGGCCUGCACACCACAAGACAAACCAGUAUUUUUUUAACCCUACACUAACUCAAAACCUAACCCUAGCCUCAACCACAACCCUAGUCUCAACCAUAACCCUAGCUUCAACCAUAACCCUAGCUUCAACCACAUCCCUAGUCUCAACCAUAACCCUAGCUUCAACCACAACCCUAGCCUCAACCAUAACCCUAGCUUCAACCACAACCCUAGUCUCAACCAUAACCCUCAAACACAACCCUAACCCUAGCCUCAACCACAACCCUAACAACCCUCCACCACAACCCUAACCCUCAACCACAACCGUAGCCUCAACCACAACCUUAGCCUCAACCACAACCGUAGCCUCAACCACAACCGUAGCCUCAACCACAACCCUCAACCACAACCCUAACCCUAGCCUCAACCACAACCCUAACAACCCUCCACCACAACCCUAACCCUAGCCUCCACCACAACCCUAACCCUCAACCACAACCGUAGCCUCAACCACAACCUUAGCCUCAACCACAACCUUAGCCUCAACCACAACCGUAGCCUCAACCACAACCGUAGCCUCAACCACAACCGUAGCCUCAACCACAACCUUAGCCUCAACCCUAACCCUCAACCACAACCCUAACAGUGCUUCAUGUCCACAUCCCGGUUCAAACCUAACCCUAGCCUCAACCCUAACCCAAGCUUCAUGUCCACAUCCCUGUUCAACCUUAACCCUCAACCACAAACCUAACUUGAAUUUGGCAUAACUCUAACUGUAGCCUUAUGUUCAACCCUGGCUCAACCCUAAUCCCAAAAUAUGGCUCCCCCAAAUCUGAAUUCCCAAUUUAACCCCUGGUUACAACCAAGGAAACAACUAAGUAAAAUUAAAGAGCUGAAUUUGUCAAACUCUUGAGACUCAUUUAAAUGGUAUUGGGUCAGUUAAAGACCAGUCAAUUACAUUUUUAUUAUGAGGAUGUCUGUGUGGUCCAAUGUCAUAUAUACAUUACGUACAGUAUGUCUAUUCUGUGACCCUCUCAGGUUUAGUCCAGACAAACACCUCCUGGCAGUGGGCUCAGUGGAGAGUACGGUUGACUUGUAUGACCUUACAUUGGGCCCCACACUCAACCGCGUGGGUUACUGUAAGGACAUCUCCAGUUUUGUUAUCCAGAUGGACUUCUCUGCCGACAGCAGGUUCAUCGAGGUAUGCCACACUGACCGUGAUGUAGAAUACAGCUGGAGGGGUUUUAAAAACAGACUGAGUCUUGUUGUUGUAACAAGCCAUUGGGGUUUUGAUAGGCUGACAUACAUACUGUAUUUUCUAAACUGCACACAAAAUAGAUGGUGGAAUGAGGUCCAUUUUCUUUUGCUGUCAUGGUCAUUAUGUUUGAGUUGUAAAUAAUAAUAAUAAGAAGAAAAUAGGCUUUUAUUAGACUAUCGUGUCGGGCACUUCCUUAUUGUAGAUCGGUGCUUGAUUCAGUGUUGUCUUUUUAACACAGAUCAUGUUGCAGAGUGUAUUCUCACCAUGAUGGACACUCAUAUAUCCAUUCCAAAGCUUGCUGGGAGUGGAAAACACCUAUAUUUAGACUCACACAUAUAUGGCAGGCAGGUCAUAAUCGUUUAUAGCCAAGUCCCCUUCUAGUUAACAGUAGCCUGGAGCUGCCCCAAAGUAACCUCACAGGCUUCAGUGUGCUAAAAAGGAACCCUAUCUGAGGUAUUCCUAUAGACUCAGACCCAUUCCUUGCUGUUAUGGAAAGCCUUACCCCUUUUCUGGAAUGUCGCUGUGACUGCCACAUGAUGACCAGAGAAAGAGUAAGAUGGUGACUUGGCCUUCUAAAUUUAACCUGCCCUCAGCGUACAAUUACAAGUACAAAAUGUAACUGUGCCUUGAAGGGGGCAGAGGGAGAGCACCGAAGGGGAGGGACCAAUAUAGUUCACCAAGGUCCUCCUGUAAUUUUAAGUUAUAUAAUGGAGUAACCUCAUUACAAUUUCAUUGUAAAUCCAUAUUUUGGUUGAUUAAAAGCACAACAAUUAACAUGAAGUAGUGAUGAGGCUUCUAUGUCUUUAACACAUUUGUAAUAUGGAAAAUGAUAUGCCACUUUCUUUUUUUUCCUUCCUAGCUGUGCAGACUGAGCUGUGCAGACAGUGCUGGUAGAUACAGUGCCUUCAGAAAGUAUUCACACCCCUUGACUUUUUCCACAUUUUGUUGUGUUACAGCCUGAAUUUAAAAUUGAUUAAAUUGAUAUUUUGUGUCACUGGCCUACACACUAUACCUCAAUGUCAGUGUAAUUAUGUUUUUAGAAAUGUUAACACAUUUUAUUAAAAAUGAAACGCUGAAAUGUCGAGUCAAUAAGUAUUCAAUCCAUUAUGGCAAGCCUAAAUAAGUUCAGGUGUAAAAAUGUGCUUAACAAGUCACAUAUGUUGCAUGUACUCACUAUGUGUGCAAUAAUAGUGUUUAACAUGAUUUUUGAAUGACUACCUCAUCUCUGUACCCCACGCAUACAAUUAUCUGUAAGGUCCCUCAGUCGAGCAGUGAAUUUCAAACACAAAGACCAGGGAGGUUUUCCAAUGCCUCGCAAAGAAGGGCGCCUAUAGGUAGACGGGUAAAAUAAAAUAAAAACAGACAUUGAAUAUCCCUUUGAGCAUGUUGAAGUUAUUAAUUACACUUUGGAUGGUGUAUAAAUACACCCAGUCACUACAAAGAUACAGGCGUCCUUCCUAACUCAGUUGUCAGAGAGGAAGUAAACCUCUCAGGGAUUUCACCAUGAGGCCAAUGGUGACUAUAAAACAGUUACAGUAAGGGAAAAAAGUAUUUGAUCCCCUGCUGAUUUUGUACGUUUGCCAACUCACAAAGACAUGAUCAGUCUAUAAUUUUAAUGGUAGGUUUAUUUGAACAGUGAGAGACAGAAUAACAACAAAUAAAUCCAGAUAAACGCAUGUCAAACAUGUUAUAAAUUGAUUUGCAUUUUAAUGAGGGAAAUAAGUAUUUGACCCCUAUGCAAAACAUGACUUAGUACUUGGUGGAAAAACCCUUGUUGGCAAUCACAGAGGUCAGACGUUUCUUGUAGUUGGCCACCAGAUUUGCACACAUCUCAGGAGGGAUUUUGUUCCACUCCUCUUUGCAGAUCUUCUCCAAGUCAUUAAGGUUUCGAGGCUGACAUUUGGCAACUCGAACCUUCAGCUCCCUCCACAGAUUUUCUAUGGGAUUAAGGUCUGGAGACUGGCUAGGCCACUCCAGGACCUUAAUGUGCUUCUUCUUGAGCAACUCCUUUGUUGCCUUGGCCGUGUGUUUUGGGUCAUUGUCAUGCUGGAAUACCCAUCCACGACCCAUUUUCAAUGCCCUGGCUGAGGGAAGGAGGUUCUCACCCAAGAUUUGACGGUACAUGGCCCCGUCCAUCGUCCCUUUGAUGCGGUGAAGUUGUCCUGUCCCCUUAGCAGAAAAACACCCCCAAAGUAUAAUGUUUCCACCUCCAUGUUUGACGGUGGGGAUGGUGUUCUUGAGGUCAUAGGCAGCAUUCCUCCUCCUCCAAACACGGCGAGUUGAGUUGAUGCCAAAGAGCUCGAUUUUGGUCUCAUCAGACCACAACACUUUCACCCAGUUCUCCUCUGAAUCAUUCAGAUGUUCAUUGGAAAACUUCAGACGGCCCUGUAUAUGUGCUUUCUUGAGCAGGGGGACCUUGCGGGUGCUGCAGGAUUUCAGUCCUUCACGGCGUAGUGUGUCACCAAUUGUUUUCUUGGUGACUAUGGUCCCAGCUGCCUUGAGAUCAUUGACAAGAUCCUCCCGUGUAGUUCUGGGCUGAUUCCUCACCGUUCUCAUGAUCAUUGCAACUCCACAAGGUGAGAUCUUGCAUGGAGCCCCAGGCCGAGGGAGAUUGACAGUUAUUUUGUGUUUCUUUCGCAAAUAAUCGCACCAACUCUUGUCACCUUCUCACCAAGCUGCUUGGCGAUGGUCUUGUAGCCCAUUCCAGCCUUGUGUAGGUCUACAAUCUUGUCCCUGACAUCCUUGGAGAGCUCUUUGGUCUUGGCCAUUGUGGAGAGUUUGGAAUCUGAUUGAUUGAUUGAUUGCUUCUGUGGGCAGGUGUCUUUUAUACAGGUAACAAGCUGAAAUUAGGAGCACUCCCUUUAAGAGUGUGCUCCUAAUCUCAGCUCGUUACCUGUAUAAAAGACACCUUGGAGCCAGAAAUCUUUCUGAUUGAGAGGGGGUCAAAUACUUAUUUCCCUCAUUGAACAUUGAACAUUUUUGACAUGCGUUUUUCUGGAUUUUUAUGUUGUUAUUCUGUCUCUCACUGUUCAUAUAAACCUACCAUUAAAAUUAUAGACUGAUCAUUUCUUUGUCAGUGGGCAAACGUACAAAAUCAGGGAUCAAAUACUUUUUUCCUCACUGUAGUUUAAUGGCUGUGAUAGGAGAAAACUGAGGAUGGAUCAACAACAUUGUAGUUACUCCACAAUACUAAACUAAAUGACAGAGUGAGAAGAAGGAAGCCUGUACAUAAUAAAAAUAUCCCAAAACAUGCAUCCUGUAUGCAACAAGGCACUAAAGUAAAACCGCCAAAAAUGUGGCAAAGAAAAUGAACUUCAUGUCCUGAAUACAAAAGCGUUAUGUUUGGGGAAAAUCCAAUACAACACUGAGUACCACUCUUCAUAUUUUCAAGCAUGGUGGUGGCUGCAUCAUGUUAUGGGUAUGCUUGUCAUCUACAAGGCCUAGGGAGUUUUUUAGGAUAAAAAGAAACAGAAUAGAGCUAAGCACAGGCAAAAUCCUAGAGGAAAACCUGGUUCAGUCUGCUUUCCUACAAUCAAUUUCAAUCAAUUUUAUUUUAUAUAGCCCUUCUUACAUCAGCUAAUAUCUCGAAGUGCUGUACAGAAACCCAGCCUAAAACCCCAAACAGCUAGUAAUGCAGGUGUAGAAGCACGGUGGCUAGGAAAAACUCCCUAGAAAGGCGAAAACCUAGGAAGAAACCUAGAGAGGAACCAGGCUAUGAGGGGUGGCCAGUCCUCUUCUGGCUGUGCCGGGUGGAGAUUAUAACAGAACCAUGCCAAGAUGUUCAAAAAUGUUCAUAAGUGACAAGCAUGGUCAAAUAAUAAUCAGGAAUAAAUCUCAGUUGGCUUUUCAUAGCCGAUCAUUAAGAGUUGAAAACAGCAGGUCUGGGACAGGUAGGGGUUCCAUAACCGCAGGCAGAACAGUUUAAACUGGAAUAGCAGCAAGGCCAGGCGGACUGGGGACAGCAAGGAGUCACCACGGCCGGUAGUCCCGACGUAUGGUCCUAGGGCUCAGGUCUCUCAGUUGGCUUUUCAUAGCCGAUCAUUAAGAGUUGAAAACAGCAGGUCUGGGACAGGUAGGGGUUUCGUAGCCGCAGGCAGAACAGUUGAAACUGGAAUAGCAGCAAGGCUAGGCGGACUGGGGACAGCAAGGUGUCAUCAUGCCCGGUAGUCCUGACGUAUGGUCCUAGGGCUCAGGUUCUCAGAGAGAAAGAGAGAACGAGAGAAUUAGAGAGAGCAUACUUAAAUUCACACAGGACACUGGAUAAGACAGGAGAAGUACUCCAGGUAUAACCAACUAACCCCAGCCCCCCGACACAUAAACUACUGCAGCAUAAAUACUGGAGGCUGAGACAGGAGCGGUCCGGAGACACUGUGGCCCCAUCCGAAGAAACCCCCGGACAGGGCCAAACAGGAAGGAUAUAACCCCACCCACUCCGCCAAAGCACAGCCCCCGCACCACUAGAGGGAUAUCCCCAACCACCAACUUACAAUCCUGAGACAAGGCCGAGUAUAGCCCACAGAGGUCUCCACCACAGCACAAACCAAGGGGGGGGCGCCAACCCAGACAGGAAGAUCACGUCAGUAACUCAACCCACUCAAGUGACGCACCCCUCCCAGGGACGGCAUGAAAGAGCACCAGCAAGCCAGUGACUCAGCCCCUGCAACAGGGUUAGAGGCAGAGAACCCCAGUGGAGAGGGGAACCGGCCUGGCAGAGACAGCAAGGGCUGUUCGUUGCUCCAGCCUUUCCGUUCACCUUCACACUCCUGGGCCAGACUACACUCAAUCAUAUGACCUACUGAAGAGAUAAGUCUUCAGUAAAGACUUAAAGGUUGAGACCGAGUCUGCGUCUCUCACAUGGGUAGGCAGACUGUUCCAUAAAAAUGGAGAUCUAUAGGAGAAAGCCCUGCCUCCCGCUGUUUGCUUAGAAAUUCUAGGGACAAUUAGGAGGCCUGCGUCUUGUGACCGUAGCGUACGUAUUGGUAUGUACGGCAGGACCAACUCGGAAAGAUAGGUAGGAGCAAGCCCAUGUAACGCUUUAUAGGUUAACAGUAAAACCUUGAAAUCAGCCCUUGCCUUAACAGGAAGCCAGUGUAGGGAAGCUAGCACUGGAGUAAUAUGAUAAAAUUUCUUGGUUCUAGUCAGGAUUCUAGCAGCCGUAUUUAGCACUAACUGAAGUUUAUUUAGUGCUUUAUCCGGGUAGCCGGAAAAUAGAGCAUUGCAGUAGUCUAACCUAGAAGUAACAAAUGCAUGGAUUAAUUUUUCUGCAUCAUUUUUGGACAGAACAUUUCUGAUUUUUGCAAUGUUACGUAGAUGGAAAAAAGCUGUCCUUGAAACAGUCUUGAUAUGUUCGUCAAAAGAGAGAUCAGGGUCAAGAGUAACGCCUAGGUCCUUCACAGUUUUAUUUGAGACGACUUUACAACCAUCAAGAUGAAUUGUCAGAUUUAACAGAAGAUCUCUUUGUUUCUUGGGACCUAGAACAAGCAUCUCUGUUUUGUCCGAGUUUAAAAGUAAAAAGUUUUCAGCCAUCCACUUCCUUAUGUCUGAAACACAGGCUUCUAGCGAGGGCAAUUUUGGGGCUUCACCAUGCUUCAUUGAAAUGUACAGCUGUGUGUCAUCCGCAUAGCAGUGAAAGUUAACAUUAUGUUUUCGAAUAACAUCCCCAAGAGGUAAAAUAUAUAGUGAAAACAAUAGUGGUCCUAAAACGGAACCUUGAGGAACACCGAAAUGUACAGUUGAUUUGUCGGAGGACAGACCAUUCACAGAGACAAACUGAUAUCUUUCCGACAGGUAGGAUCUAAACCAGGCCAGAACUUGUCCGUGUAGACCAAUUUGGGUUUCCAGUCUCUCCAAAAGAAUGUGGUGAUCGAUGGUGUCAAAGGCAGCACUAAGGUCUAGUAGCACGAGGACAGAUGCAGAGCCUCGGUCUGACGCCAUUAAAAGGUCAUUUACCACCUUCACAAGUGCAGUCUCAGUGCUAUGAUGGGGUCUAAAACCAGACUGAAGCAUUUCGUAUACAUUGUUUGUCUUCAGAAAGGCAGUGAGUUGCUGCGCAACAGCUUUUUCUAAAAUUUUUGAGAGGAAUGGAAGAUUCGAUAUAGGCCGAUAGUUUUUUAUAUUUUCCGGGUCAAGGUUUGGCUUUUUCAAGAGAGGCUUUAUCACUGCCACUUUUAGUGAGUUUGGUACACAUCCGGUGGAUAGAGAGCUGUUUAUUAUGUUCAACAUAGGAGGGCCAAGCACAGGAAGCAGCUCCUUCAGCAGUUUAGUAGGAAUAGGAUCCAGUAUGCAGCUUGAAGGUUUAGAGGCCAUGAUUAUUUUCAUCAUUGUGUCAAGAGAUAUAGUACUAAAACACUUAAGUGUCUCUCCCGAUCCCAGGCCCUCGCAGAGCUGUGCAGAUCCAGGACAGCUAAGCCCUGGAGGAAUACGCAGAUUCAAAGAGGAGUCCGUAAUUUGCUUUCUAAUGGUCAUGAUCUUUUCCUCAAAGAAGUUCAUGAAUUUAUCACUGCUGAAGUGAAAGCCAUCCUCUCUUGGGGAAUGCUGCUUUUUAGUUAGCUUUGCAACAGUAUCAAAAAGAAAUUUUGGAUUGUUCUUAUUUUCCUCGAUUAAGUUGGAAAAGUAGGAUGAUCGAGCAGCAGUGAGGGCUCUUCGGUACUGCACGGUACUGUCUUUCCAAGCUAGUCGGAAGACUUCCAGUUUGGUGUGGCGCCAUUUCCGUUCCAAUUUCCUGGAAGCUUGCUUCAAAGCUCGGGUAUUUUCUGUAUACCAGGGAGCUAGUUUCUUAUGACAAAUGUUUUUCGUUUUUAGGGGUGCAACUGCAUCUAGGGUAUUGCGCAAGGUUAAAUUGAGUUCCUCAGUUAAGUGGUUAACUGAUUUUUGUCCUCUGACGUCCUUGGGUAGGCAGAAGGAGUCUGGAAGGGCAUCAAUGAAUUUUUGUGUUGUCUGAGAAUUUAUAGCACGACUUUUGAUGCUCCUUGGUUGGGGUCUGAGCAGAUUAUUUGUUGCGAUUGCAAACGUAAUAAAAUGGUGGUCCGAUAGUCCAGGAUUUUGUGGAAAAACAUUAAGAUCUACAACAUUUAUUCCAUGGGACAAAACUAGGUCCAGAGUAUGACUGUGGCAGUGAGUAGGUCCAGAGACAUGUUGGACAAAACCCACUGAGUCGAUAAUGGCUCCGAAAGACUUUUGGAGUGGGUCUGUGGACUUCUCCAUGUGAAUAUUAAAAUCACCAAAAAUUAGAAUAUGAUCUGCUAUGACUACAAGGUCUGAUAGGAAUUCAGGAAACUCAGAGAGGAACGCUGUAUAUGGCCCAGGAGGCCUGUAAACAGUAGCUAUAAAAAGUGAUUGAGUAGGCUGCAUAGAUUUCAUGACUAGAAGCUCAAAAGAUGAAAACGCCAUUUUUUUUUUUGUAAAUUGAAAUUUGCUAUCGUAAAUGUUAGCAACACCUCCGCCUUUGCGGGAUGCACGGGGAAUAUGGUCACUAGUGUAACCAGGAGGUGAGGCCUCAUUUAACACAGCAAAUUCAUCAGGCUUAAGCCAUGUUUCAGUCAGGCCAAUCACAUCAAGAUUAUGAUCAGUGAUUAGUUCAUUGACUAUGACUGCCUUUGAAGUGAGGGAUCUAACAUUAAGUAACCCUAUUUUGAGAUGUGAGGUAUCACGAUCUCUUUCAAUAAUGGCAGGAAUGGAGGAGGUCUUUAUCCUAAUAAGAUUGCUAGGGUGAACACCGCCAUGUUUAGUUUUGCCCAACCUAGGUCGAGGCACAGACACAGUCUCAAUGGGUAUGGCUGAGCUGACUACACUGACUGUGCUAUUGGCAGACUCCACUAAGCUGGCAGGUUGGCUAACAGCCUGCUGCCUGGCCUGCACCCUAUUUCACUGUGGGGCUAGAGGAGUUAGAGCCCUAUCUAUGUUGGUAGAUAAGAGGAGAGCACCCCUCCAGCUAGGAUGGAGUCCGUCACUCCUCAGCAGGUCAGGCUUGGUCCUGUUUGUGGGUGAGUCCCAGAAAGAGGGCCAAUUAUCCACAAAUGUUAUCUUUUGGGAGGGGCAGAAAACAGUUUUCAACCAGCGAUUAAGUGCUGAGACUCUGCUGUAGAGCUCGUCACUUCCCCUAACUGGGAGGGGGCCAGAGACAAUUACUCGAUGCCGACACAUCUUUCUAGCUGAUUUACACGCUGAAGCUAUGUUGCACUUGGUGACCUCUGACUGUUUCAUCCUAACAUCGUUGGUGCCGACGUGGAUAACAAUAUCUCUAUACUCUCUACACUCGCCAGUUUUAGCUUUAGCCAGCACCAUCUUUAGAUUAGCCUUAACGUCGGUAGCCCUGCCCCCUGGUAAACAGUGUAUGAUCGCUGGGUGAUUCGUUUUAAGUCUAAUACUGCGGGUAAUGGAGUCGCCAAUGACUAGGGUUUUCAAUUUGUCAGAGCUAAUGGUGGGAGCCUUCGGAGUCUCAGACCCCGUAACGGGAGGAGUAGAGACUAGAGAAGACUCAGACUCAGACUCCGACUCGCUACAUAAUGGGGAAAACCGGUUGAAGGUUUCUGUCGGCUGAAUGAGCGACACCGGUUGAGCAUUCCAACAGUAUUUCCCUCCAGAAGCCAUGAGAAAGUUGUCCGGCUGCGGGGACUGUGCGGGGGGAUUUAUACUAACGUUACUGUCUGUACUUACUGGUGGCACAGACGCUGUUUCUUCCUUUCCUACACUGAUAUUACCCUUGCCUAACGAUUGCGUCUGAAGCUGGGCUUGUAGCACAGCUAUUCUCGCCGUAAGGCGAUCGUUCUCCUGUAUAUUAUGAGUACAGCGACUGCAAUUAGAAGACAUCAUGUUAAUGUUACUACUUAGCUUCGGCUGUUGAAGAUGUUGAUGAACCAUGUCCAGAUAAAGCGUCCGGAGUGAAAAAGUUGAAUAAGGGAAAAAAGUUGCGAUGGAAAAAAGGAAAAUAACGUAAAGUUGGCAGCUAAAACGCACAGGAAAAUGACUCUUCUGUCUCGGGAUAAACGUCCGGGGUGAAAAAGUUUAACGAAAAAAGAUGAGUGAGGACAAAACUAAAAAGUUGGUAAAUUUGUUGAACACAGAGAUUGAUUAAACGUUUAUUAAAAGUAAAACGUGAAUAGUUUGGCAGGUAGCCAAGUAGCAACAAACAGCACAGCAGCACAGAGACAAUGGGAGACAAAUUCACCUUUCAGCAGGACAAUAAUCUAAAACACAAGGUCAAAUAUACACUGGAGUUGCUUACCAAGACGACGUUGAAUGUUCCUGAGUGGCAUAGUUACAGUUUUUACUUAAAUCUUCUUGAAAAUCUAUGGCCAGACUUGAAAAUGGCUGUCUAGCAAUUAUCAACAGCCAAUUUGACAGAGCUUGAAUACUUUUUUUAAAGAAUGUGAAAAUAUUGUACAAUCCUGGUGUGCAAAGCUCUUAGACUUACCCAGAAUGACUCACAGCUGUAUUUAAUGCCAAAGGUGACUCUAACAUGUAUUGAUUGACUCAGGGCUGUGAAUACAUCAUGUAUGUAAAUGACAUUUCAUUUUCAAUAAAUGUGCAGACAUUUCAACAACAACAAAAAAACGUUGUCAUUAUGGGGUAAGUAAAAGGGUAUGAAUACUUUCUGAAGGCACAGUACACUAGAUGACAGUUAUAAUAUUCUGACUUCUGGUUGUGUGUGCAAAUGCAUGAGUGUGUGUUCUGACGUGUCACUGUGUCGACAGGUGUCCACAGGAAACUAUAAGCGCCAGGUGCAUGAGAUGCCUUCUGGGAAAAUGGUGGCAGAACAGAGUGUGAUUGACAGGAUCACCUGGGCCACCUGGACCAGGUAGAAUGAUUAAUUGUCAUCACUGGAAUUUAAUCAAACUCACAUACUCUCCAAAAUCAAAACUGAGAUCCAUAUUCAGUAAAGAAUGCAAAUACUGCACGGUAACACUAUUGAGAUAUGGGGUCAACAAUGGGAGCUAAACAUAACAGCUCGCUCUGGUAGGGGCAUUGCAAUAUGGGAAUGCAAGCUGAAGCGGUACAAAGACAUUGCUGGGUCAACUUGUUUUUGAGCUUUAGGCUAGUUGAAGCCAUCUGGGCAUGUUUGUAUGGAAGUUUAGCGGGCACACCCAGACAUGUUGUUUGGUAGGGUGUCUGUUAUUGAUCAAUGGAAUAAUAGAGGUCAAUCAAUACUGUCUGCAGCACAGCGGUCACUGUCCACUUCUCAUGAAUAGACCCCAAACUUCCUCUAACAUCAGUCUUCCCAAGGUUAAUGAGUUAAAAUACAUAUUCUGCAUAUAGGCAGUAGCAUACUUAUUACGAAACAUGUACAGAAAAACAAAUGUAUGGUUGAGAUCUUUUAUAGUAUUUUUAUAUAAUAUAUAUAUCGCAUAUGUUUUACUACUGAGGAGGGUACUAAUAUAGUAAUUAAAUUGACUUGGAGGGAACUUUUAAAAGGUUAUUCUUUGGUGGACUAAUGUCCUCUCAGUACUGGCAGGCCUGUGGUUUUGUUCAGCAUAUUCUGUAGUCUGAGCAUGGCUCCUUUCUCUCAUUCCUUCUCAGUAUCCUGGGAGAUGAGGUGCUCGGGAUCUGGCCACGAAAUGCUGAUAAGGCUGACGUCAACUGUGCCUGUGUCUCCCAUGCUGGCCUCAACGUGGUCACCGGGGACGACUUUGGACUGGUCAAGCUCUUCGACUUCCCCUGCACUGAGAAGUUUGUGAGUGAUUCACUUCCUCAAAACAACAUCACUGUGAUAUCUUUUAAAGAUAUGUAGUUACUGAAGCCAUAGAACACACUGCUGGCUGAGGCUGCUCCAAGUGGGGAGGUGGGCCAGUAACCGAAAAGUCGCUGGUUCGAAUCCCCCAGCCGACUAGGUGAAGAACUAAAUGUUGAUGUGCCCUUGAGCAAGGCACUUAACUGUAAUUGCACCUGUAAGUCGAGACUAAAUGACUUGUGUUUUAAUAUUUAUUUUGAUCCUCUGCAGACCAAACACAAGCGUUACUUUGGGCACUCGGCACAUGUGACCAACAUUCGCUUCUCCUAUGAUGAUAAAUAUGUGAUCAGCACUGGAGGAGACGACUGCAGGUAUGCAUAGCUUGUGUUACCGGGUUUAACCACAUAUCAGAUUAAUUACAUUAUAGAUACUCUACAAUAAAUAGGAGCAUUAACAAGUGAUUUGCGUUCGAAUUUUUCACAGCUCAUCUUGUACUCUAGACAGAUCUGAUUUUCUGUUUUACUGACUGCUGUAUUGUCUUCCUCCUUUUUUAGUGUCUUUGUGUGGAAAUGCCUGUAA